CGACGACUGACCGUCCCGUUAUUUCAACGACGAAAGCACGUAGGCAUGAUGAAGCUGGGUGGACAUUGAUAAUAAUGAUAUUCAGAAAUAUAUAGACGGUGAAUGCAUGGGAAGUCAUUAUUGACUCGCCUGGUUUACACAGGUUUACAGCAGACUGGCGCGUGCCCUGCAAACGUCAAAGACCGUGCGCAUGUCAAUGAGCGUGCUGCGUGCAGUAUCAAGAGGGGAUGUUGACGUUUGGCUAACAAUGAUGAUAGGUAGCGUUUCACACAUCAACUAGUUAGCUUGACUAAUCCUGCAUAUUUGUGAGUAUAGACGACAAAUUAUCAAAUUUCACCGUUAUCCUGCAUAGGCUAUUUAUAUGACGUUUCUAACAUCGCACUUAUUUGUCGCAGUGUUUAUCAUGGAACGUCCUCCAUUGCUCUCCAGUUAAAGUGCAACAUAAACGACGUGAUUAUAUUUACUUGUGUGCAUUGUCCAUCCUGACAAUGGGAUGCAUCAGGGUCUACCUGCAGAAGAUGAGGCACAGGAUGAAGCUGGACCUAUUGAGAGAACUGGGCCGCCAGUAUCCAGUCUUCUGCUUCCUUCUACUUGUCUUGCUCUUAUCCACUGUUUUGUUGAACAGGUAGGUACAAAUAGGCCUACUGUAUGCUUACAAUGUUUCACACGUUUACAAAUUGUAGGCCUGCCUACAAUAAAACAGACUAUUGCAUGAAGCUCAGAAUCACAAAUAGGCAGUAUUUGUGUCAGUUGUGUUAGCAUAUCGAUUUAGGAAUGACUGAGGUAGACUAAUAAGUCAUAAUACAUUCCCAAUGUAAGCAUAUGUGUAUUUUUUUUAUUGAAUUCACAGAUAUCUGCACAUUAUUAUGGUUUUCUGGUCGUUCCUGGCUGGAGUUGUCACAUUCUACUGCUCUCUUGGCCCAGAGACUCUGUUGCCUAAUAUCUUACUGUCUAUAAAGCCAAAGACCAAGGUAGGUUUACCUUAAGUACAGAAAAUAUACACCUGUAACUAUAUAUUUACUUAUAGUCCAGGUUGAUAGAGGGUGGUUUUGUAUCUGUCAGCAGGACCAACAAGAGUUGUUUCCCUUGGGUCACAGCUGUGCAGUCUGCGGGAAAAUAAAGUGUAAAAGGCACAGGUGAGAUCACUGCUCCAAAAAUGCUGUAUGUGAAUGAAUGUUUAUUAGGAUGUUGGCUUUAUUGUAUUGAUGUGGGAUUGAGAGUGAAGAAUACUGCAUUAUGUUCCUACUGUUUGGUCUCUGAGUUUACUGUUAAUCUCUUUCUCUCUCGCUCUAUUAAUUUGACAAAUAGCGCAGGAAUUCCACAACUUACUAUUUUGAUGUUCACAUUCAUUCAGACUUUAGUUGUUGAUUUUGUCUUAUCACCAGUAUGUUAGAUGGUGUUUUACAGCACCCCCAGUGGCCAGCUAGUAUACUGGAGCACAUCAUGGAAUUGAAAGUGUCCCGCGUGAGCACUUUUAGUAAUUUGGCUAUAUGAGACAACAGAGUGAACUAAUGGUUUUAUCAACAUUUCACAGACUAAUUGAAAACAGAAAGUAGAGUUAAUUGCCAUUAUGUAUGUAAAUAAUGUUCUAUUGACAGACCAACAUUACUAUUGGAGAACUAUCAACCAUGGCUGGACUUGAAAGUUCCCUCCAAAGUGGAUGCCUCUCUAUCAGAGGUAUGGGACACUGAAAAAAACGCCUUUAUUUUGUGCAUUCUGAAAAGUGUGUCUGUCAUUCUAAGAUGUGAUAUGUUUUUGCUUUGUUUCAAGGUUCUGGAACUGGUUCUUGAAAACUUUGUGUAUCCCUGGUAUAGGUUUGUUACUGUAUAUUACUCACAUGUGCUGCAUGUUGCAUUAAAUAAAUGCACUGGCAUGAUAUGUGUAGACAUAUGACCUGGUUGUUUUCUCCUGUGAAGGGAUAUCACAGAUGAUGAAGCGUUUGUGGAUGAACUGAGAGUGACUCUGCGUUUCUUUGCCGCUGUGCUCGUACGUCGAACUCAAAAGGUAAAACAAACAGGAUUUAGACUGUUCUAGAUAUCAGGUUUUUAAACCUUUUAUACUAUUUAUGUCCUUUCUCAGGUUGAUAUCCCAGGUCUUAUCACGGCCAAACUGCUGAAAGUUUCCAUGAAGCACAUUGAAAUAAUCACCAAAGCAAGGCAAAAAGGUAAUCCAUCUAAGUUUCAAAUAUAUUUUACCGCCAGAGUUCUUUCCAAAGAGUGGAACUGUGACCAGUGGGCUCUUCACUCUGUUUCUACCCCCUAGUGAAGAACGCUGAGUAUCUGCAGCAAGCAGCACUGGAGGAGUACGGCCCUGACCUGCACGUGGCACUACGCAGUCGCAGAGACGAGCUCCUCUACCUCAGGAAGUUGACUGAGAUGCUCUUCCCCUAUAUUCUGCCCCCCAAAGCCUCUGACUGCAGGUAACAUGGCACCAUCAUUCUUGAGGCAAUAUAGGUAAUUGUUUCCUGGGUUAUGUUCAUUAGGGUACACUGUUAUAACAGAAUACAAAAUUGAGUGUUUUUUUAUUAGACGUUCAGAAAUGUUCAGAUAUUGCCUUCUUGUUUCACUCUGUUUCGGUGCAUUUGGGGCAUUUCUGUUUCAUGCUAACUGUAUACGAACCUGGUCUCUGUUAUCCCAUUUCUCUCUUUCAUACCUGUCUCUCCACUAUCCUCAGAUCGCUUACUCUUCUAAUAAGAGAGGUGUUGGCUGGCUCUGUUUUCCUCCCUGCCUUGGACUACCUGGCUGAUCCUGUGAGUGCUUUGUAGACAUGAAACAUGUUUAAUUUAGAAACCAUAUGUAACAUGUUUCAUUGACAUAUCAGAGGUAAUUUCCGUUCUGAUUCAUUUAGAAAGGUUGUUUUCAGGCUUGAUGUGAUUUGCUGUCUUUCCCAGGACAUGAACAAGCCAGAAUGGACAUAGAUUGUCUGUUGUAAAUCAAUGCUCAUUCCCAUUUUAGGACACCGUGAACCAUUUGCUUCUCAUAUUCAUCGACAACUCUCCUCCCGAGGCCGCCAUGGAGCCCAGCUCAACCUUGGUUCCCUUCCUGCACAAGUACUCUGAUGUUCGCAACAAGAAGCCCUCUGUAAGUAGCCUAGUAACCCCUCCUUUCCCCCUCUUCUCCCAAUAUACUGCCCUUCCAUACCACUGAUCUCCCCCCUCUCUCUUCUCCCCUCUUUCUCAGGUGCUGAAGCUGGAGCUGAAGGAGAUCAGGGAGCAGCAGGACCUGCUCUUCCGCUUCAUGAACUUCCUCAAGCAGGAGGGGGCCGUGCACGUGCUCCAGUUCUGCCUCACUGUGGGUAAGCAGGCUUUGACCAUUCACCAUUAUCCCAGAUAUAGAUACAAUACAGACUAACAACUAUGUCCUGGCCAAGGAUGUCAGGGACAAGAUUGUAGACCUACACAAGGCUGGAAUGGGCUACAAGACCAUCACCAAGCAGCUUGGUGAGAAGGUGACAACAGUUGGUGCGAUUAUUCGCAAAUGGAAGAAAUACAAAAUAACUGUCAAUCUCCCUCGGCCUGGGGCUCCAUGCAAGAUCUCACCUUGUGGAGUUGCAAUGAUCAUGAGAACGGUGAGGAAUCAGCCCAGAACUACACGGGAGGAUCUUGUCAAUGAUCUCAAGGCAGCUGGGACCAUAGUCACCAAGAAAACAAUUGGUAACACACUACGCCAUGAAGGACUGAAAUCCUGCAGCGCCCGCAAGGUCCCCCUGCUGAAGAAAGCACAUAUACAGGCCCGUCUGAAGUUUGCCAAUGAACAUCUGAAUGAUUCAGAGGAGAACUGGGUGAAAGUGUUGUGGUCAGAUGAGACAAAAAUUGAGCUCUUUGGCAUCAACUCAACUCGCCGUGUUUGGAGGAGGAGGAAUGCUGCCUAUGACCCCAAGAACACCAUCCCCACCAUCAAACAUGGAGGUGGAAAUAUUAUGCUUUGGGGGUAUUAUGCUUUAGUUUUUCUGCUAAGGGGACAGGACAACUUCACCGCAUCAAAGGGACGAUGGACGGGGCCAUGUACCGUCAAAUCUUGGGUGAGAACCUCCUUCCCUCAGCUAGGGCAUUGAAAAUGGGUUGUGGAUGGGUAUUCCAGCAUGACAAUGACCCAAAACACACGGCCAAGGCAACAAAGGAGUGGCUCAAGAAGAAGCACAUUAAGGUCCUGGACCUAGCCAGUCUCCAGACCUUAAUCCCAUAGAAAAUCUGUGGAGGGAGCUGAAGGUUCGAGUUUCCAAAUGUCAGCCUCGAAACCUUAAUGACUUGGAGAAGAUCUGCAAAGAGGAGUGGAACAAAAUCCCUCCUGAGAUGUGUGCAAACCUGGUGGCCAACUACAAGAAACGUCUGACCUCUGUGAUUGCCAACAAGGGUUUUGCCACCAAGUACUAAAUCAUGUUUUGCAGAGGGGUCAAAUACUUAUUUCCCUCAUUAAAAUGCAAAUCAAUUCAUAACAUUUUUGACAUGCGUUUUUCUGGAUUUUUUUGUUGUUAUUCUGUCUCUCACUGUUUUAAAUAAAUCUACCAUUAAAAUUAUAGAUUGAUCAUGUCUUUGUCAGUGGGCAAACGUACAAAAUCAGCAGGGGAUCAAAUACUUUUUCCCCUCACUGUAAGUGUAGGGUGUCCAAUCAAAAACGUAUCUUUUGGGUAAAAUAUGUUAAUUGUGUAGAUACUUCUCUAAGAAAACCAAUGGUCCAAACCUCAUGUCUGAAUCAUGAUCUGUUCAAAAGUUAUUGGAGUUUUUACUUUUGCCAGAAUUAGGGCCAGAGGUAAAACAUUUUGUCAAAAAUCUGGAAAAUUACAUUACUGGCUACCUGACAGGCUCACUUUCCCAUUGAACUCGUGAUCUUUCUUCUCAAAUCCGCAGGACAUAAAACAAUAUAGAGGUCAGAUGGAUAUCGAUUUUGAGACAUGACAAUUAGUACACCCUAAUAAGUAUAAGUAAUACACUAUGAAAGUGACGCGUUAUUUACCAGGAAGUAGUUUUGUAAAUUUUGUUGGCAUUUUGAAUGGUCUUCAGCGCAAAAACGCCAUAAAAGCCAUGUGGCAGAAGUAGAUUCAUCCACUAACACAAAUAUAGUAAGGGGCUAGAGCAAGAUGGUGGCAUAGGAGUUUUGCUCAUGCUUGUGAAAAGUUUUUAAAUGCUAUUUCCAGCGUUCUUUUGACCAUCUGAACUAAUCACAAACAAGAAUGAGGAAUGAAAUGCCUGCCAAGAGAAAUAUUGACAUGUUGGAGCCGGCUACUCCGUCUUUGUCUACAAGUCAAGAAGAUAAGAAAUCGAGGUUGUCGCUUGCAGACAGCAUCCCUCAUGAAACGCCCUCUGUACUGGGUCUACAAGGGACGCAGCUCCCCGUCAAAGAGGAGUCGGUUCUAUCUCACUUGCUCCUUAUGUCGGGAAGGCUUGCUGAACUAAAAGAGUUGAUAUCCGAAAUGUGCACUGAUGUGAAAACUACUAAAGUCACAGUGAUCGCCAUCCUCGCAGACAUUGACUCAUUCGAGACGAAAUUCACUCAAUUUGAGAUUGGUUUACCUUCGCGAUUUCAGUCUGUCGCAACACAAUCAACCCGCACAGACACAAUACAAGCGGAACAGCGUAAACGCCGUGAUAAUAUCAACAUCAAUGCGGAGAACAUCCAGGGCAUGACUGAUUGUAUAGCCGAGAUGGAGGAUUAUUAAUGCUGCUCAUCCCUACGCCUGGUCUCCCUUUCUGAGACCCAGGAGGGUGCCGACACCAUAUCCUUCCUGCAGAAGCAGCUACCUGUGUGGCUCUUCAGCCUGUCAUCCCGCGGGGCGAUUGAGAUGGAACGCGAACACCGCAUCUACACUACAUUGUGGUAAUAUUAUUUUCCCUAAAACAUGCCUUUUCGUCUUUAUGGGCUGCCAUUUCUGUUUCUUUUUCUUUUGCUCGUAGUCUUUAAUUUUGAGGUCUGAACAUGAGAAAGUAUUGUAGAGUAUUUUAAAGUCUUUGUUCUAUUUAUUAUAAUAAAAUUGCAUACCCUUAUGUGAAUUUCCUUCCAUUUUUGCUGCUUCACUGCAUCUUUUUCCUUGGAGUCUUGAGGCUGGGUUAUAUUAUGACUGUAGUAGUUUCACUCUGCAGUGGAUUUUGUUUAUUUCUAAUAUAGAAGAACAUUAGAGGUUUAUAUUUUUUUGUAUAUGGUUUGCAUGGUGUACCCAUAUUGUCAGCAUAUGGUGGUAUCUGGUGCCCACAGGGGUAUGACUCAGCAUCUGCAUAUCACCGAUGCAUGGGGAAAGGGGAAGAGUGGGUAAUCUUAAUGGAUUGGUGUGUGACCUACACUGAGUGUACAUAACAUUAAGAACACCUUUCUAAUAUUGAGUUUCACCUUCCCCUUUUGCCUUCAGAACAGCCUCAAUUCAUUGGGGCAUGGACUCUACAAGGUGUCAAGCGUUCCACAGGGAUGCUGGCUCAUUUUGACUCCAAUGCUUCCCAGAGUUGUGUCAAGUUGUCUGGAUGUCCUUUGGGUGGUGGACCAUUCUUGAUACACACAGGAAACUGUUGAGCGUGAAAAACCUAAUAGCGUUGCAGUUUUUAACACACUCAAACCGGUGCGCCUGGCACCUACUACCAUACCCCGUUCAAAGGCACUUCAAUCUUUUGUCUUGCCCAUUCACCUUCUGAAUGGCACACGUACAGUGGGGGGAAAAAGUAUUUAGUCAGCCACCAAUUGUGCAAGUUCUCCCACUUAAAAAGAUGAGAGAGGCCUGUACUUUUCAUCAUAGGUACACGUCAACUAUGACAGACAAAUUGAGAAGAAAAAAAUCCAAAAAAUCACAUUGUAGGAUUUUUAAUGAAUUUAUUUGCAAAUUAUGGUGGAAAAUAAGUAUUUGGUAACCUACAAACAAGCAAGAUUUCUGGCUCUCACAGACCUGUAACUUCUUCUUUAAGAGGCUCCUCUGUCCUCCACUCGUUACCUGUAUUAAUGGCACCUGUUUGAACUUGUUAUCAGUAUAAAAGACACCUGUCCACAACCUCAAACAGUCACACUCCAAACUCCACUAUGGCCAAGACCAAAGAGCUGUCAAAUGACACCAGAAACAAAAUUGUAGACCUGCACCAGGCUGGGAAGACUGAAUCUGCAAUAGGUAAGCAGCUUGGUUUGAAGAAAUCAACUGUGGGAGCAAUUAUUAGGAAAUGGAAGACAUACAAGACCACUGAUAAUCUCCCUCGAUCUGGGGCAAGAUCUCACCCCGUGGGGUCAAAAUGAUCACAAGAACGGUGAGCAAAAAUCCCAGAACCACACCGGGGGACCUAGUGAAUGACCUGCAGAGAGCUGGGACCAAAGUAACAAAGCCUACCAUCAGUAACACACUACUCCGCCAGGGACUCAAAUCCUGCAGUGCAAGCCGUGUCCCCCUGCUUAAUCCAGUACAUGUCCAGGCCAGUACAUGUCCAGGCUAGAGUGCAUUUGGAUGAUCCAGAAGAGGAUUGGGAGAAUGUCAUAUGGUCAGAUGAAACCAAAAUAUAACUUUUUGGUAAAAACUGUUUGGAGGACAAAGAAUGCUGAGUUGCAUCCAAAGAACACCAUACCUACUGUGAAGCAUGGGGGUGGAAACAUCAUGCUUUGGGGCUGUUUUUCUGCAAAGGGACCAGGACGACUGAUCCGUGUAAAGGAAAGAAUGAAUGGGGGCCAUGUAUCGUGAGAUUUUGAGUGAAAAACCUCCUUCCAUCAGCAAGGGCAUUGAAGAUGAAACGUGGCUGGGUCUUUCAGCAUGACAAUGAUCCCAAACACACUGCCCGGGCAACGAAGGAGUGUCUUCGUAAGAAGCAUUUCAAGGUCCUGGAGUGGCCUAUCCAGUCUCCAGAUCUCAACCCCAUAGAAAAUCUUUGGAGGGAGUUGAAAGUCCAUGUUGCCCAGCGACAGCCCCAAAACAUCACUGCUCUAGAGGAGAUCUGCAUGGAGGAAUGGGCCAAAAUACCAGCAACAGUGUGUGAAAACCUUGUGAAGACUUACAGAAAACGUUUGACCUGUGUCAUUGCCAACAAAGAGUAUAUAACAAACUAUUGAGAAACUUUUGUUAUUGACCAAAUACUUAUUUUCCACCAUAAUUUGCAAAUAAAUUCAUAAAAAAUCCUACAAUGUGAUUUUCUGGAUUUUCUUUUCUCAUUUUGUCUGCCAUAGUUGACGUGUACCUAUGAUGAAAAUUACAGGCCUCUCUCAUCUUUUUAAGUGGGAGAACUUGCACAAUUGGUGGCUGACUAAAUACUUUUUCCCCCCACUGUACACAAUCCAUGUCUCAAUUGUGUCAAGGCUUAAAAAUCCUAUUUUAACCCGUCUCCUCCCCUUCAUCUACACUGAUUGAAGUGGAUUCAACAAGUGACAUCAUCAUUAAGGGAUCAUAGCUUUCACCUGGUCAGUCUUUGUCAUGGAAAGAGCUCUUAAUGUUCUUAAUGUUUUGUACACUCAGUAUAAAUAUACAGUUGAAGUCGGAAGUUUACAUACACCUUAGCCAAAUACAUUUAAACUCUGUUUUUCACAAUUCCUGACAUUUAAUCCUAGUAAAAAAUUCACAGUCUUAGGUCAGUUAGGAUCACCACUUUAUUUUAAGAAUGUGAAAUGUCAGAAUAAUAGUAGAGAGAAUUAUUUAUUUCAGCUUUUAUUUAUUUCAUCACAUUCCCAAUGGGUCAGAAGUUUACAUACACUCAAUUAGUAUUUGGUAGCAUUGCCUUUAUAUUGUUUAACUUGGGUCAAACGUUUCGGGAGCCUUCCACAAGCUUCCCACAAUAAGUUGGGUGAAUUUUGGCCCAUUCCUCCUGACAGAGCUGGUGUAACUGAGUCAGGUUUGUAGGCCUCCUUGCUCGCACACGCUUUUUCAGUUCUGCCCACAUAUUUUCUAUAGGAUUGAGGUCAGGGCUUUGUGAUGGCCACUCCAAUACCUUGACUUUGUUGUCCUUAAGCCAUUUUGCCACAACUUUGGAAGUAUGCUUGGGGUCAUUGUCCAUUUGGAAGACCCAUUUGCGACCAAGCUUUAACUUCCUGACUGAUGUCUUGAGAUGUUGCUUCAAUAUAUCCACAUAAUUUUACUUCCUCACAAUGCGAUCUAUUUUGUGAAGUGCACCAGUCCCUCCUGCUGGAAAGCACCCCCACAGCAUGAUGCUGCCACCCCCGUGCUUCACGGUUGGGAUGGUGUUCUUCAGCUUGCAAGCAACCCCCCUUUUCCUCCAAACAUAACAAUGGUCAUUAUGGCCAAACAGUUCUAAAAUGAAUUUAAUAAAAUAACCUGGGCCAGAUGGAAUCCCUGUGGAUAUGUAUUUGUUUUUCUGGAAAGAAUUGUGCCUACUUCGAUUCAAAAGGGUUCAUUCAGGAAAUCCUUAAACACAGCUCUUAUUUCACUGUUAUUGAAAAAGGCCCAAAAUCCUGUGUUGUGUUCUAGUUAUUGUCGUUUAUUAAUUCAGAUGAUUUAAAUAGUUAAUGGCGAUCAAACAGGAUUUGUUAAGGGUCGCCUCGCCUCUAACAAUCUAAGAAGACUAUUACAUAUGAUUCACUCUGCUCCAGGUUCAAAUGGUUCUUCUUAUCAUUAGAUGCUGAAAAGGCCUUUGAUAGGCUAGAGUGGGAGUACAUAUGGAUGGUACUGGACCAUUUAGACCAGGGUGAUACAUUUAGAAACCUGAUUUAAAGUUGUUUAUGCUAAUUCAGGUGCAAUUGUGAUGACUGGCACUAAUUGCUCACUCUUCUUUCCUUUCUCUAGAUAGGCUAGACAGGGUGAUCAUCUUUCCAGUUUACUCUUCAUUCAGCAAUCCAAUGUUAUUGAACCAAUUACAUCAAUGAUUCUCCUCAUUUUAUUUCGCUAUAUGCAGAUGAUGUCCUCUUGUUUUUGGACAACAUCUCACAAACUCUACUAUCUGUACUUGAUUUAUUUGCUAAAUUUAGUAGCUUCUCCGGUUAUAAAAUUAACUGGCAAAAGUCUGCUUUGUUGCCCCUUAACAAUUCCAAUGACUCUGUGAUAGCUUGUAUAUCCUGUGUUGAAUACUUAAGAUAUCUUGGCAUUGAUAUUGACAAGAAACUGGAAACAAUUGUGACAAAGAAUUACACUUUUUUUUCUUAAAUAAGGUGGGGGGUGACUUAAAUAGAUGGACUCAUUCCCCAGUAUCCUUCCAGUCUCGCAUAUCUGUAAUAAAAAUGAAUGUGUUACCCGUAUCAUUCCUCUGUGCCAAGUGGCAAGAUAUUGGGAUAGGCUUCAUAGGGCAAGUUUCACUUUUAUUUGGAAUAGCUAAAGACCAAUAAUAAAAUGAUCGACCUUACAAAGACCCCAGUCUGCUGUUGGAUGGGAUGGAUGGGAUGGGAUGGAUGGGAUGGGAUGGGAUGGGAUGGGGGGGGGUUCUGAAUUUGAUCACUGGGCUUUUGUACUAAGAGCAAUUCCUAUAUGGAUAGACUCCAUUAGUGACACAUUUAGGGUUUAUUUUCUAAUUUGUUUUUAUUUUAUUUUAGUGGAAUCGAUUAGCAAUAGUAUCUAUUGUUGCUUGGUAGGCUGUGCGUGUACUAAUAGUUUGCUUCCGAUUGUUGCCUAAUCAACAGAACCCUGGGUUAACUCUAGUUUGACCUUUCCCUUCAUCCCCACCAGAGGAAUUCAACGACAAGAUCCUGUGUCCGGAGCUGUCUGACUCUGAGAUGCUGAUGCUCCACGAGGAGGUGAAGAAGAUCUACGAGACCUACUGCCUGGAUGAGAGCAUCGACAAGAUCCGCUUUGACCCCUUCAUUGUAGAGGAGAUCAAAAAUAGUGAGUCGUAGGGAUCAAGUUUGUCAUUUCCCAUUAAGACACGAUCUUUGUAUUCAUCAUAGCUUUUGUCAUAACUCAGUCAUAGGUUUUUGUUAUUUUCUCUUUGAGAACUUAUAGUAACGUAUCCUCUCCUUCAGAUGUGCAGUUUAAUAUUGUAUGUUCACCCUUAUCAACAGAAUGUCUAUAAACACUGUUUAUAAAUAGCCAUAUGUACAGUUCAUUAUUACAAAUGGCCGCUUAGUUAGGUGAUGCUCAUGUGAUAGGUUUCCCUCCCCAGUUGCUGAGGGCCCAUAUGCCGGGGUAGUGAAGCUGCAGACCAUGCGCUGCCUGUUCGAGGCCUACGAGCACGUCCUGUCCCUGCUGGAGAACGUCUUCACCCCCAUGUUCUGCCACAGCGACGAGGUCAGGACUAGGGUUGCAAAGGGAGGGUAUAUUACUGGAAACUUUCAAAGUUUACCAAUAAACUACCAGAAUAUUGGUAUCUCUCAAGGAUUUUAUGUAAUCUAUCACAAGACAUCUAGUACUUCAGAUUACCACAGGUGUCUGUAAUUGUCUCUGGCCCUCUUGUGUGGCCUUAUCCCUUGUACUCUGAACAAAAAUAUAAACGCAACAUGUAAAGUGUUGGUCCCAUGUUUCAUGAGCUGAAAUAAAAGAUCCCAGAAAUGUUCCAUACACACAAAAAGCUUAUUUAUCUCAAAUUUUGUGCACAAAUUUGUUUACAUCCCUGUUAGUGAGGAUUUCUCCUUUACGACGAUAAUCCAUCCACCUGACAGGCGUGUCAUAUCAAGAAGCUGAUUAAACGGCAUGAUCAUUACACAGGUGCACCUUGUGCUGGGGACAAUAAAAGGCCACUCUAAAAUGUGCAGUUUUGUUACACAACACAAUGCCACAGAUGUUUUGACGGAGGGUGCAAUUGGCAUGCUGACUGCAGGAAUGUCCAUCAGACCUGUUGCUAGAGAAUGGAAUGUUCAUUUCUCUACCAUAAGCCGCCUCCAAUGUCGUUUUAGAGAAAUGGUAGUAUGUCCAACCGGCCUCACAACCUCAGACCACGUGUAUGGCUUUGUGUGGGCAGGCGGUUUGCUGAUGUCAACGUUGUGAACAGAGUGCCCCAUGGUGGCGGUGGGGUUAUGGUAUGGGCAGGCAUAAGCUACAGACAACGAACACAAUUGCAUUUUAUCGAUGGCAAUUUGAAUGCACAGAGAUACCGUGAAGAGAUCCUGAGGCCCAUUGUCGUGCCAUUCAUCCGCCGCCAUCACCUCAUGUUUCAGAAGGAUAAUGCACGUCCCCAUGUCGUAAGGAUCUGUACACAAUUCCUGGAAGCUGAAAAUGUCUCAGUUCUUCCAUGGCCUGCGUACUCACCAGACAUGUCACCUAUUGAGCAUGUUUGGGAUGCUCUGGAUCGACGUGUACGACAGCAUGUUCCAGUUCCCGGCAAUAUCCAGCCAUUUGAAGAGAAGUGGGAAAACAUUCCACAGGCCACAAUCAACUGGCUCAUCAACUCUAUGCCAAGGAGAUGUGUCGCGCUGCAUGAGGCAAAUUAUUGUCACUAGAUACUGACUGGUUUUCUGAUCCCAACCCUACUUUUCUUUUUUUAAGGUAUCUGUGACCAACAGAAGCAUAUCUGUAUUCCCAGUCAUGUGAAAUCCAUAGAUUAGGGCCUAAUGAAUUUAAUUAAAUUGACUGAUUUCCUUUAUAUGAACUGUAACUCUGUAAAAUCUUUGAAAUUGUUGCAUGUUGCGUUUUAUUUUUGUUCAGCAUAAAAUGUACAAAUUAAUUAAAUACAAUUUUUUAAAUAAAAAAGUCAAACUUUAUCCUAAAUAUAAACCAACUUAGUGAAUACCAUUGGUGUUUAAUAAGAGGGUUUCACCAUAAAAUAUAAUUUUUAUAUUUGUUAUACACACCGGGGAGAAAAAAAUAUGUCCAUAUGUAUUUGUUGUCAAUGUUUUUGCGUCACACUGGUGGCAGUUGGUAAAUUACAGGUAGCUUUGCAACCCUGGUCUCACACACACAAACACACACACACACACGUGAGAUCAUGUCAUCAAUACUGGACACGCGACUGACCAAUGAGCUUGUGCAGCAAGUCAUCAUACAUUACACUACACAGAUUCUCUCAUUGCAUUAUCAUACUGAAACAUGAGGUGAAAUAGUGUUGUCUUUUACCGAUCCCUGAAUACAUAGAGUAUCUGGAAAGUAGUUAUUCGUAAGAGUCCUUAGAUAUCAUGGUUAGGGCCUGGUGUUUUUCCUGUCCAUGUCACAUGAUCAGGAAAAACUCUGGGCCCCAAUCACGGUACUUUGUUCAGUGUUGAAUAGAAAGUCAGGGAGGGGAGGAGGUCCUAAUAUGUGUGACUGGUUUCCUCCCUGCUCCUUUUCCCCAGUAUUUCAGGCAACUGUUGAGGGGGGCCGAAUCCCCUGCCAGGAACUCUAAACUGAGCAGGUGGGUGCUGUAUUUCCAUAGCCAUAGAGCCGUGGUUGUAUAUAUUGUGUCUGUCUAUGUUCUGUAUCUAUUCUACCUUGGCUUGUCUUUACUGUGCACCCGUGGUGUCAGUAGACUAGUUAACCUCGAUGGAAGGCACAGUUUAGAUUUUUGGAUCCUUUUUGUACUCACAAGUACACAAAUUCUCCAAUCAGGUAGUUGAAUUUAGUUUUGGACCAAAGGGAUAUCCGAAGCUCCUCUGUGCGAUAUUAACUCAUUCACCAGGGUGUCUAUCACAGGAGGUUGGUGGCACCUUAAUUGGGGAAGACUGGCUCGUGGUAAUGACUGGAGCGGAAGAGUGGAAUGGUAUGAAAUUCAUCAAACACAUGGUUUCCUUGUGUUUGAUGCCAUUCCAUUCGCGCCGUUCCAGCCAUUAUUAUGAGCCGUCCAGGUGUGUACAGAUAACAUUGGACUUAUACUACUCAAGCUAUAGACACUGUUAUCUGUACACACCUGUAUCACAGUGGCAAAGUUCAGUCAGUGUCUGUCGUCUGGUGGUGUGUUUUCAUGGGGUGUUUGUGAGUGGCCUGUCAUCCUUAACUCCUUGUGCCUGCUAUUAUUCCAGAAAUAGCCUGAGUUUGGAUGACAUCCGGUGAGUAUGCCCCUUCAGUAUGGUGCUCAGCAACGGCUCUCCAUUGCCUAGUUAACACUGCACGCAAGAUAUGUAACUAUACUUGCCUGAAUGCAGUCUGAGGAAAAGAAUGCUGCCUUUGUAACAAACUCGACAAACCCUUGUGGAGUUUAGUCAACUGUGCUAUGUGUAAGCAAUCGCCUCCUUUAUAACGCACAUUGUUAAAGAAAAGUUAUAAAAAUGUAUUUUUUGCACAGAUCUGUGCUCCCUUGCAGCAAAAAGGAAGGGAGGGUGGGGAAUGGUUCUUGUUCUCUCGUAGGAACAGUCUUUGUUAUAAAGGCAGUGGUCAAGGCAGCAUGGACUGGCUGUCAGAAAGGAGGAGGUGAACGAGGAGAAUUUAAAGUAGAGAAUGGCACUUUCUGCUUCGGCACCCCCAUGCGUGAACACCGGCCCUGUCGCUAACCCCCUCCCCUUGUCUGUCUCUCUCUCACCAACUGCUCGCCUAUAUCCACCAUCUUGGACUGUGCUUGUUUUUUUUGUCCAUCCAUCCCUCUGGAUGUUCCAUGCCUUACACACUGAUGGCUCCCCGCUCUAAAGCUCCUGGGAGUGGGACUAUGCCCAGAGCCCUGAGUCCCCGUCCAGCACCCCUGGUUCCUCCUCACCUGCAUCUGUUAACCACCACCUUCAUGUCCAGUCCAUUGUUGCCCUCCCAUCCGGCUCUUAUGGCUGUCUAACCUCACGCCCUGGCUCGCUGAAGUAAGUCAGGGUCCAUUGCGAGGCCUGUGUGUAUCCUACAUCCCACCCAACCCCACCGCUAUACAUCGCACUCGCCUCCCAUCUCCUAUGCAUGGGUACUUGUCUUGUGGUGCUAAUGUUUCUUGAUUUGUUUGUCCAUGUGUUCUGGAUGAGUUCCCCUACUAGCAUGGCCUCCUGGUUUGUGACCGUUAUGGGUCUUUGUUUGAACGUGUCAAUUUUGUGUUCAUUUUUGAUUCGGUUGACAACACAGUGUGUGAUUUCAUCAGUCAUUCACAAAGUGUCAGUGUUGUUGUAAUUUUACUAUUUUUUUUGGCUAAAGCAAAAUUAGUUUGUUUUCAAAUGAGUGUGAUUUGAGUGUAUACCCCAAGCCACUCUCAUCCUAUAAUCUCAUCAAUGAUUUUUCAUCCAUUCAAUUCACUUCCAUUUCAUUAAUCCAUUCAAUUUACUGUUAUCUGUGGUGUGCAUUUUUCUGUGAGAUGUCAAUGAAUUGUGACUGUGGUCUGAUGUGGCUACCCUGGCUUCUACCUCCCCCACCUCAACCCCGAACGAUAUACAGUAUCCCCUCCGUCUUCCAGUCUGCACCCACACUGCAUGCGCUGUUCUGAAGCCAUGCACAACUCCUGCAUUGUCACAAAAAUAAACAGUCUCUUCUUUGGCCUGCAGGAACACCUCGAAGCGGGGCGAGUCGUUCGGAAUCAGCCGCAUCGGCAGCAAGAUCAAGGGGGUGUUCAAGAGCACCACAAUGGAGGGAGCCAUGCUGCCCUCUUACGGGUUGGUGGAGGGAGAGGAUGAUGUGGUGAGUACAGUGUGCGGCCACUGGGCUACAGUGUGGAGCCAUGAUUAGUUAGGAUCGCACACUCCGGAAAUGAAGGAUUCAUGGUAGAAGUGAAUCUAUGGAAGUCUUGGCAGAUAUGGUUUCUGUUGAAUCCAUAUGGUAUAUGAUGAUGUUAUUCUGCAGAGUGUACCUUGAAUAUGGAAGAUGGGCUUGGGACUUUACUUCUUUGAAUUUUGAAAUUAAUUCACCAGAUUAGUAAGAGGAGGAGACUUUAUGAAGCAAUAAGGAUAAGAAAUAUUUAUUUGCCAAGAACAGUCAUUUUUAAAGGUUGUGAGAUUUCACUAACCUUUUCAUUGGAAACCUGGUUAAUAGAUUACAGUUGCACGGUCAGGUAGAUAAAUAAACUGGAAUGGGGGCCUGUUGACCCAAUUUCUGUGGAAUUUCAGUAUCAGAGGUACUUUCUUUGUUCCUUGUCCUCCUCCCCAGUGCCCAACAACAACAAUGUAUGUUGAUGUACUGGUCUGUAUGUUUGCUUAUUCAAUACCAUGAUGUGUUUCUUUCUUUGUGCUAAGCAUACAACAAUUAGUUUUUUUCACUUUUUUGGUAUAUCAUUUCUACUUGAAAUGGCAACACCCUGCAACAAAUUCACUAAAGGGGUCAUCUUUAGGGUUUCUGCUAAGAAAAUAUGUGACGUUGAACUCAACAAAAAAUGGUUUAUGAUCAUGUUUGAUUCACUGACAGAGACCACUGCCCUGCCCCCUCUGACUAUGUAUCAUUAUCAUCAUUCCCACAGCGUUGCACAGCCGACCUCAGUAUGUUGUUCUUCUUCUUCUCCUCCCAGAGCCUUCCGUAGCUCACCCACUAGAUUAGUUCACAUUCUAGCUAUAUUUUACCCCCACUAGAGCUGCUGUCAGUGAAUACAUCUCCCAUUUUACAUCCUGUACUACUUAGAUGUCCUUUGUUUAUUGUAGUAAGUCUUGUAUAUGUCACUCAAUAUCAGUGGACCUUUGCAGUGCGUUUCUCUUUUUACCUUGUUGUGGUUCUGUGCAGCUCCACACAAGCUUUACCAUGUAUGGGACCUCAGACCUGGGCACGUAUUCACAAAGAGUUUCAGAGUAGGAGUGCUGAUAUACACAGUUUAUUAGGUACACCCGUCUAGUACCGGUUCGCACCCCCCUUUGCCUCCAGAACAGCCUGAAUUCUUAUGUAUAAGAUAUGCCAUUUAGCUGACGAUUUAUCCAAAGUGACUUAGUCAUGUGUGCAUACAUUUUACAUAUGGGUGGACCUGGAAAUCGAACCCACUAUCCUGGCAUUGCAAGCGCCAAAGCCAUGCUCUACCAACUGAGCUACAGAGGACCAAUUCUUUGGGGCAUGGAUUCUACAAGGUGUUGGAAACAUUCCACAGGGAUGUUGGUCCAUGCUGACGUGAUGGCAUCACGCAGUUGCUGCAGAUUGGACGGCAGUACAUUCAUGCUGCGAACAGCCCAUUCCAUCUCAUCCCAAAGAUGCUCUAUUGGGUUUGGUCAGCAGCAAUGUUCAGAUACACUGUGGCGUUCAAUUGUUAUUCAAUUGCUAUCAAGGGACCUAAUGUGUGCCAGGAAAACAUUAUCUACACCACUGCCACCAGCCUGUACCAUUGACACCAGGCAGGAUGGGUCCAUGGACUCAUGCUGCUUAACCAAAUACUGACUCUGCCAUCAGCAUGACGCAACAAAACUGAGAUUUGUCGCACCAGGUAAUGUUUUUCCACUCCUCAAUUGUCCAGUGUUGGUGAUCGCGUGCCCAUUGGAGCCGCUUCUUGUUUUUAGCUGAUAGGAGUGGAACCCGGUGUGGUCGUCUGCUGCAAUAGCCUACUCUGAGACCCUUUGUGAAUAGAGGUCCAGAUUCCAUACAAACGUUUUGGCUGUCAUGCAUUGUCUUGACCUUUUACCCUCCCUGAUCUCUGACCCCCCCCCCCCCCCCCUCUCUCUGUGGCUGGGCUCUGUCAGGUGGAAGAGGCCAUGAUGGUUCUGGAGGAUGACUCUCCCAUGGAGGCCGUCAGUACCCCCAGCACCCCUCGCAAUCUCUCAGCCUGGACCAUCACCAUCCCCUACAUAGACUUCUACGAUGAUGACAUCAAGAGGGAGAGGAUCCCCGUGUUCUGUAUUGACGUGGAGCGCAACGACAGGAAGGCAGGUGAGACUCACAGGCUGCUCUGGGAUCAGUGUGGCCUACAGGUGAAACUAGGCCCAGGGGCUUAAGUAUUACCUACAGGCUGGUCUGGGAUCAGUGUGGUCUACAGGUGAAACCAAUGCUACUGAUAAUGUAUAUGGGUCUAAAGUGCUUUUUUGACUAGGUUCAAAUCUACAAUGGCUAAACAAGGCUGUUCUACACACCAUUAGCACAGGAUGAAAUUCGGCUUCAUGAUCUAAUAUCAUGCUGCCUGUCGCUGACAUAAUGUAAGUCACUCAUCAGAGAACUUCCUCUGUGUUCUGUCAGUCAUUGACAGAUUUACAGUUUUUCUUUCCAUCAAAUGUUUCAAAUACCUUAAGCUUCCCACUAAUUGCAAAACAGAUACACAAGGGAUGAUUUUGCAGAGAUAUUUACAAUAUGUAGGCCUACUGUACAGUUUCUUCAGAAAGUAUUCACACCCCUUGACUUUUUCCACAUUUUGUUGAUGUAGCCAGAAUUUAAAAAGGAUUAAAUAUAUAUAUAUUUUUGUGUCUCUGGCCUAUACACAAUACCCCAUAAUGUCAAAGUGGAGUUAUGUUUUUAAGUUAUUUAAAAAUAAUAUAAAAAUGAAAAGCUGAAAUGUCUUAAGUCAAUAAGCAUUCAACCCCUUUGCUAUGGCAAGCAUAAAUUUAAGUUCAGCAGUAAAGAAUUUGCUUAACAAGUCACAUGUAAGUUGCAUGGACUCACUCUGUGUGCAAUGAUAGUGUUUAAUAUUAUUUUUGUACCCCACACAUAAAAUGAUCUGCAAGGUCCCUCAGUCGAGCAGUGAAUUUCAAAGACAGAUUCAACCACAAAGACCAGGGAGGUUUUCCAAUGCCUCGCAAAGAAGGGCACCUAUUGGUAGAUGGGUAAAAAAAAAAGCAGACAUUGAAUAUCCCUUUGAGCAUGGUGAAGUUAUUAAUUACACUUUGGAUGGUGUAUCAAUACACCAAGUCACUACAAAGAUACAGGUGUCCUUCCUAACUCAGUUGACGGAGAGGAAGGGAUUUCACCAUGAGGCCAAUGGUGAUUUUAAAACAGUUAGAGUUUAAUGGCCACAAUACUAACCUAAAUGACAGAGUGAAAAGAAGGAAGCCUGUACAGAAUAAAAAAUAUUCCAAAAAGAAAUGUGGCAAAGAAAUUAACUUUGUCCUGAAUACAAAGCUUUAUGUUUGGAUCAAAUCCAACGCAACACAUCACUGAGUACCACUCAUCAUAUUUUCAAGCAUGGUGGUGGCUGCAUCAUGUUGUGGGUAUGCUUGUCAUCGGCAAGGACUAGGGAGUUUUUUUAUGAUAAAAAGAAACAAAGAGCUAAGCUCAGGCAAAAUCCUAGAGGAAAACCUGGUUCAGUCUGCUUUCCAACAAACACUGGGAGACACAUUUACCUUUCAGCAGGACAAUACACAAGGCCUAAAACACAAGGCCAAAUAUACACUGUAGUUACUUACCAAGAUGACAUUGAAUGUUCCUGAGUGGCCUACUUACAGUUUUGACUUAAAUCGACUUAAAAAUCUAUGGCAAGACUUGAAAAUGGCUGUCUAGCAAUGAUCAACAACCAACUUGACAGAGCUUGAAGAAUUUUUAGAAGAAUAAUGUGCAAAUAUUGUGCAAUCCAGGUGUGCAAAGCUCUUAGAGACUUACUCAGAAAAACUCACAGCUGUAAUCGCUGCCAAAGGUGAUUCUAACAUGUCGGGGGUUGCAUAAUUAUCUAAUCAAGAUAGUAUAUUAGUGUUUUUUAUUUGUAAUUUAGUUUUCCAAAUGUUAGAUUUUUUUUCUUCCACUUUGACAUUAGAGUAUUUUGUGUAGAUGUUGUGCAAUUAAAUCCAUUCAAUCCCACUUUGUUACACAACAAAAUGUGGAAAAAGUCAAGGGGUACUUUCUGAAGACACUGUCCACUCUUAAUAUUGAUGUAUUUUCCCCCUUUGUAUUUCACAGUGGGUCAUGAGACCGAGCACUGGUCUGUAUACAGAAGAUAUCUGGAAUUUUAUGUCCUCGAAUCAAAACUCACUGAGUUUCAUGGUAAGUACAUGUUUUAGAUGAUUUCUUCAGGUUUCUGGUCCUGUAACCACUCAUCAUCCAUUGUAAAUGAACAGCCAGAACAUAUGAAUCUCGAACAUCGGCCAAAUGUUUCUUCUCACACUGAAUAAUUCCACCCAUUUCUAGGAAUAGUUAUAACAAUAUUUUCACAUUGUUUGAUUGUCUUCAAGCCUUCACAUCCAGGAAAUGUUUUUUGUUUGCUCCUUUGUCACAACAGGCUCAUUCCCAGACGCCCAGCUGCCUUCCAAAAGAAUCAUCGGCCCCAAGAACUAUGAGUUCCUGACCUCCAAGCGGGAGGAGUUCCAGGAGUACCUUCAGGUAGGUAGUCAUUAUGGACUGAACAAGCUCCGGGGUGAAGUUCCCCCUAGGUACAGAUGUAGGAUCAGCUUGCCCUCCCCGACUACUAAUCUUAAACAUUAAUAAGGAAAAUACAAAAUUGACCCAAGAUCAGCGUCUAGGGGAAACUUCACCUUGCACCAGUAAACAACAGAGAGACCAUGCUUCGGAAAUAGCUGGUCUGUCUCCCAAUGGAUAUAUGUCAGCUUAUGUAGUGGCUGCAGUUAGAGUAGAGGCUAGAGAGGCGUAUUAGUAACCAGAGGGUUUAUGGUUCAAAUCCCAGGGCUGCUGGGGUCAGAAUCUACCACUAAACCCCAAAUAUAGGGUUACUGUGGUUGACCCUGAACUGGUUCCAGCCUCUCAAGUGUGUAUGCUGACUCAUGGGGUGGGGAGCCUAGGACACAUUUCCAUUGUUCCAAAUGAAUAACAAAGUGCUACUCUAUGUCAGCCCUCUAUGAAUCUGUCAACAAAGUGAAGAUUGUUGGAUCUUUCUGUUUAUUUUCCAGAAACUGCUCCAACACCCUGAGCUGAGCAACAGUCAACUGCUAGCAGACUUCCUCUCCCCUCACAGUAUGGACUCUCAGUUUGUGGACAAGAUGCUCCCUGAUGUCAAUCUAGGUAUGCAACGCUGGCCAAGUAGCCUAGUCUCAGAUCUGUUUGUGCCGUCUUGCCAACUCCUAUGGUCAUUGUAACGUGGCCAAGAGUUCAAUGUUAAUAACAUCUCUCACAACCUGCUCUCCUGUUGAACUCCUUGUUGAACUCAUUUGAGUUUAACAUUGUUUAUUUUGCCACAGGGAAGAUCAUCAAAUCAGUGCCCAGCAAACUGAUAAAAGAAGUAAGUCAUGCAUUUUCGACUUGGAUUGGGAAAGAACGUUGUGGCAGCAUCCUUGUAAAAUAAUUCCUGAGAUAGUAAUUUAGGAAUGUAAGCCAAACAUGCCUUUGGAAUCCACCUAUAAGUAAUGUCAGCUAUGUUAUUAUAGUAUACCAGUUGAAAUAAAUGGGAACAGCAGGGAUCCAGUGACUCAAAUGUCACAUAACACAUUUUAACUGUUUAAGAGUGCUUUCACAGUAACCUAUAAGGAAUCUCCCCUGUGUUUCUUCCAUCUCAGAAAGGGCAGCAUUUGGAGCCAUUCCUCAAUUCCUUCUUUGACUCCUGUGAAUCGCCCAAGCCCAAACCCAGCCGGCCAGAGCUGACCAUCCUCAGUCCCACGUCAGAGAAUGACAAGAAGGUGGGCUCACACUACACCUGGGUCUAAAUAGUAUUUAUUUCCUUUCAAAUAUUUUAGGUGCGCUUGAUUUGGCUUACCUAGCCUGCUGGGUUGGGGUGGGGGAAGGUUUGACCUUGCACUAUUUCAUUGGUUCCAUUAGACUGGGGAAGCUAAAUCAAAUACACAUUAAAUAUUUGGAAGAGAAGCAAAUACUUUUAUCGACCCGUGUCUGGCAUGCACAGACUCCCAUACUCACACACACUUACUUCAGUUGACAAGUGUUUGUAGUUAGGAGAGCUGCUUGAUCGUUCAGCCAAAUUGGAACAGAUCCUUGAAAUAUAACUCCACUGCUGGAUGUGUUUUUACAUGUUGUUAUUUUGUUAUUCCCCUCCAUUUUAAAGUGUUGUUGACCUUUGUUUGAACUCCCUAGCUCUUCAAUGAACUAUUCAAGAACAACGCCAACCGAUCAGAGAGCACAGAGAAGAAACAUAACCAGAACUACUUCAUGGAGAUGAUCACUGUGGAAGGGGUGUAUGACUACUUGAUGUUUGUGGGUAAGUCGGCUCCACCCAUAGCAUUUGUCCAUCCAGCGACAAAGUAGUGCAGGAAUAUAACGCUCAAUACUAAAUUGGUCUCUACUAGGUACUAGUGGAGAUAUGAGAGAAUUAAGUAGGUGUAAACAACAUGGCGGAAAUUUUAUCUAGCCAAUCAGAGGAUAAAUCUGUGUUAUUACCACCUUUGUUCCUAUACCUAUUUAGGAAAUCGAUAAGGGAUUGGGUGGAACCUAGCAUCUCAUCAUCACUCUCCCACUGCGUACUGUCAUUGGCAGGUCGAGUGGUCUUCCGCAUCCCUGAUUGGCUGCACCACCUGCUGAUGGGCGGGAGGAUCCUGUUAAAGAACACCCUGGAGGCGUACACGGACCACUACCUGCAGCAUAAACUAGACAAGGUGUUCCAGGAGCACCGCCUGGUUUCCCUCAUCACCCUGCUCAGAGGUCGCUAGCUUACCGCCGACCUUCUACUGUUUUUUUCUUCCAAUUAUACUAUUUUCUAUUAUUAUCCUUCUAUUUUGUAAAAGAAAAUUCUAAACAAAAGCAAUGAGUGAUAUGACUCCUAUUUUGAUGUGUGUGUAUUCGUGUGAUGUACUAGAUGCUGUGUUCUGUGAAAACAGUGAGCCACGGUCCUUGGCAGAUAAGCAGAAAAGGGCCAAGAAGACCUUUGAGGAGAUGAGGAAAUACAUUCCAGGUCCUUAGUAGAUCUCUUAAGGCCUAUUAUAAAACAUAUUGCCAUGAAUUGUCUCUAGUUCUGGCAGUGUAUUCUGACAAGUAUUUGAAAUGUGAAAUAAAUAAUAUUCAGUGAAUGGAGUUUAGAUGGUUUCGUGAAGUUAAAGUGGGAAUCUUGGCUAGGACUAUUAGGUCUUCUUUUGGGUUUUAUGUAGUUGAAAACCUGUUUUUAAUUGCUAUUAAGUCAACAACAAAAACAUUAUUAAUUGAAAACAGUCAGAAGUCAAUUGAUUUGACCCUCUAAGAUGACAUGAGUGUUUUCUCUUCAGAAUUCCUGGGCAAGUGUAUUGGAGAAGAGGCCAGGUACGAGGGGGUGCGCUUGCUCUUCGAUGGACUACAACAGCCAGUUCUUAACAAACAGGUACUACAACGCAGCGAGGCAUCUAAAGUUACAACUAGCAUCACACAAAGUACAGGAGAAUGCAGGGUUGAAAAGAAUGCUAUCAUACAGUGCCUUGCAAAACUAUUCAUCCCCCUUGGCAUUUUUCCUAUAUUGUUGCAUUACAACCUGUAAUUUAAAUUGAUUUUUAUUUGGAUUUCAUGUAAUACAUACACAAAAUAGUCCAAAUUGGUGAAGUGAAAUGAAAAAAAUUACUUGUUUCAAAAAAUUCUAAAAAAUAAAUAGCGGAGAAGUGGUGCGUGCAUAUGUAUUCACCCCCUUUGCUAUGAAGCCCCUAAAUAAGAUCUGGUGCAACCAAUUACCUUCAGAAGUCACAAAAUUAGUUAAAUAAAGUCCACCUGUGUGCAAUCUAAGUGUCACAUGAUCUCAGUAUAUAUACACCUGUUCUGAAAGGUCCCAGAGUCUGCAACACCACUAAGCAAGGGGCACCACCAAGCAAGCGGCACCAUGAAGACCAAGGAGCUCUCCAAACAGGUCAGGGACAAAGUUGUGGAGAAGUACAUAUCAGGGCUAUAAAAAAAUAUCCGAAACUUAGAACAUCCCACGGAGCACCAUUAAAUCCAUUAUUUAAAAAUGGAAAGAGUAUGGCACCACAACAAACCUGCCAAGAGAGGGCCGCACACCAAAACUCACGGACCAGUCAAAGAGGGCAUUGAUCAGAGAGGCAACAAAGAGACCAAAGAUAACCCUGAAGGAGCUGCAAAGCUCCACAGCGGAAAUUGGAGUAUCUGUCCAUAGGACCACUUUAAGCCGUAACGCUCCACAGAGCUGGGCUUUACGGAAGAGUGGCCAGAAAAAAGCCAUUGCUUAAAGAAAUAAAUAAGCAAACACGUUUGGUGUUCGCCAAAAGGCAUGUGGGAGACUCCCCUAACAUAUGGAAGAAGGUACUCUGGUCAGAUGAGACUAAAAUUGAGCUUUUUGGCCAUCAAGGAAAACACUAUGUCUGGCGCAAACCCAUCACCCCGAGAACACCAUCCCCACAGUGAAGCAUGGUGGUGGCAGCAUCAUGCUGUGGGGAUGUUUUUCAUCUGCAGGGACUGGGAAACUGGUCAGAAUUUAAGGAAUGAUGGAUGGUGCUAAAUACAGGGAAAUUCUUGAGGGAAACCUGUUUCAGUCUUUCAGAGAUUUGAGACUGGGACGGAGGUUCACAUUGGAGCAGUUUUGCCUUGAAGAGUGGGCAAACAUCCCAGUGGCUAGAUGUGCCAAGCUUAUAGAGACAUACCCCAAGAUACUUGCAGCUGUAAUUGCUGCAAAAGGUGGCUCUGCAAAGUAUUGACUUUGGGGGGGGUGAAUAGUUAUGCACGCUCAAGUUUUCUGUUUUUUUUGUCUUAUUUUUUUAUUUGUAUCACAAGAAGAAAAUAAAAUUAAUCUUCAAAGUGGUAGGCAUGUUGUGUAAAUGAAAUGAUACAAACCCCCCCAAAAUCCAUUUUAAUUCCAGGUUGUAAGGCAACAAAAUGGGAAAAAUGCCAAGGGGGGGUGAAUACUUUUGCAAGCCACUGUAUAUCAUUGUUUCAAAUGCACGAAAACUGACUUGGUUGAAGUGUGAAAGCUCAUUAGGGUCCUCAUGCCUUGUAGGGUCCUUACUAGGGUCCUCAGCCAUUGUAGGGUCCUUACUAGGGUCCUCAGGCAUUGUAGUAGUUGGAGGCUUGUGAAGGCCAGUUGGUCAGUGACUUGUUAUCCUACAUGUAAACACCGGAAAGGCAGCCUAUUUUUAUUGUUAUUGUUAUUUAUCAGACAGACCAUGUGUAACAUGAGUAUGAGGUUGCUAUAUACCGUAGCUCAUUUUCAUCUGUGUCCCUGGGCAGCUAACAUAAUGAGAACGGUGUGUUUAGUACAGUACACUGCACUACAUAGUUUACCACAAUUUAUUGCGUCUUUUAAGGGUUGUUAAUCUAGACUGUAUGAUUUAAACGGCAGUAAACACAUUUUAGAUCAGUGAUGAAAAAUCCAAUUUAGGAAGUGUCAGGUUUCAUUGUAUUCAUUCUAAUAAUCCCCCUGCAUAAUUUUUCCUCAGUUGACUUAUGUCUUACUGGACCUGGCUCUUCUAGAACUGUUUCCUGAACUGAACAAGGUAAAUAUAUUAUUUCAAUUUAACUUCAAAAGGGAGACGGCAGCAUGUCUGGUAAGAGGUGCGUUGGAACAUGAAUUUCGAAUUACAAGAUGUUUCUGUACACUACUUACUUGAAAUGUUUAAUUCACUUUAUUGAAAGGCCUACAUUUUGGUCUACCAACCGACAAGUAUAAGUGCAUUCAGUGUAAAAAGCCAGAACCGUCAUCCUAUAAUAAUUCUAGCAGUAAUCAUUGUUUAUACAUUGUAUACAUACUUUUAACAUAUGGAUUUGAUUUAUUUUUUCUCCAGCAGCCGGGACAGAAGGAGACUCCUAACAUGGCUCCAUGGAUGUAGCAAGAGGAUGGGGACUCGCUUUAGUCUUUGCUUCAUCUGUUUCAUGUGCAAUAGACUGUGUACAUACAGCACUAAAACCAUUGAUACCGCUACACUUGUGAUCAUUUUUACUGUAAGCUGUGCUUAGCCUGUCAUUUUUUACCAUUGGCAAUUUCCUAAGAUACAGAUUCGUAAAAGUAUAACACUGGAAAAAUGUGUUUGAAGAUAAGCAUGAUUAUGCUAAUAGAAUAUUUAUUGAUAAAAUAAAAAAACAUCCUGAUGUUCAUUGUUCCAGUUCCUGACUGGCAAGAUUCAUAACAUUAAUCCGACUACACUUGUCCAAACUUGGUCACUGAUUUUGUAAACCUCCCCACAUGGUUUCUGUUUUCCUGUCUGGCCUAUAUCAAUACGUGUUCAGGUCCAGGACAAAUUUUUGUCUGCACUCUGCGGUAGUCAUUAGCAACAUGCAGUCCUCCCUUCUCAGCAAGCCUUCGAAAUAGGGACACUUUAAUACCAUGGGUAUUUCAAAAACUGAUGUGGGAGGGGAUUCUUUAGAUUCCUCCAUCGGUCUGUCAACACUUGAGGUGAAACACAAUGGCUCUCCCAGUCAGAUGUACAGGACAGUCAGACUUACUUCAUAUACUGCAUGCAAAGCCAUUUGACAUGUCAGUUCUUAAUCUUUGAAAUAAUUUAGAGGUCUGAAUAUCAAAGUUUUAGCCUAAAAUAUUUCAUAGUCCUUUACAAACAUGUCAGUCAACAUUACUAAAUUACAAAAAAUCUACAAGAAAUAUACAUGGCUCUAGAAAAGUGACAAAACAACAAAUGAUUGGCAGUUUGUAUCUUACCUGUACGUACAGGUAACUGCCAAAAUAAAGGAAACACUUGAGUAAAUUAAGAAUACAAAGUAUAUUGAAAGCAGGUGCUUCCACACAGGUGUGGUUCCUGAGUUAAUUAAGCCAUUAACAUCGCAUCAUGCUUAGGGUCAUGUAUAAAAUGCAGAUAUAAAUACAUUAUUUAUUGAUAUAGUAUACUUUGCUUUCUCGUAAACAGCAGCCUUUUUACAAAAAUAGAAAUACCGGUAUGAGCUACACCACCAAAAAAAGCAGCCAUAUUGUAAUCUUGUGGACAGUGUUUCUCCUAGGCAUGUGGACAGGGCCCACAGCAGGCCUAGCAGUAACAGAGUCAGACAGUUGGUUUCUGAACUUAUUGCGGCCCUCCACAGUUGGGUACACCAGCUUCAUCUCAGUGAUAUAGUUGGAGAAAACAGAGCAGUCCACAUCACCUAUAGGCAAGACUUAAGAAAAGCAGAGUUUAAUCCUCUUGCUAUAGCAGGGUUAGAUUGAAUAAUUUGAUUUCAAACACAUACCAUUGGCUCACUGUGUGGCUUUGGGUCAGGCAUCAAGUUUGCCACAGCCAAUAUUAUCUAAAAUGAUAUUUACAUUUUAGUCAUUUAGCAGACGCUCUUAUCCAGAGCGACUUACAGUUAGUGAGUGCAUACAUUUUCAUACUGGCCCCCUGUAUUCAUUAACAAGAUAAUUUACACCCGCUGUUAAGAUGUUUACUGCAUUUUAAUGGCAUAUUUUCUAAGCCUGUGUGGCUUGCCAUCUUUUGGUGCAUUACGGCGCCAUAAGCAAAGUCAACAAGUAUUUAAAGCCUGUACUCGUGAAGCAAUAAUACACUUCUGUCAAGUACUCAAGUGUUCCUACAACUAGGAGGCUUUAUUUACAAGUCCCUUCACAGAUAUUUACUGGAAAUCGAAUGCCAUUUAUUUAUUAUUCUCUGUAAUGUCAUAUAUUACAGUCUUACAACAGCAGAGCCUCAGGUGACCAAUACAUAAGUAUUUUUUCAUGUGUGAAAAAUGUUUAAGGAAAGGUUGAGAAACAACUCUGAAGUGAUUGACAGGGCCAGAGUGUUUCAAUAUGCUUUGCGUUGUAGUCACGACAGACAAAGAUAUAUAGUUAAGCAAACUUUACUAGGCAUGUUGUCAACCCGCACAUUCAUACAGGAAGUCCCAACUGGUUUCCGUUUCCUUUGUAACAUCAAUAUGAGUAACAUCAAUAUUGCUACACGUUCUCUUUUCUUUUUUUCCCCUGCUUUUUUUUUUAAACAACAAAGGUAGACUCCACCUAACUUUGGCUUGUAGUCCAUGUCUGCAAUAAACUGGAAUGUGAACUGAAUGUUUGUUUACUGUCUCUGACUGUCCAUUCAUUCUUAUUAUUUUUACCUUCCCACAAAGUAUUUCAGGUGUAUAGGUCUUCGGAUGGCCCUACCAGACCUUGUGUGGGGACUACAUCAGGAGGUGCUUGACUUGAGAUGUUUGGAUCUACUUGUUGAGGUGCAGCGUCCACCUCUAGGUUGUGUUCAGCACCCUGCUGGGUGUCAGCUGGUGCUCUGUUUACUGGCUCUGUGCCAGGCUCCUCAACAGUGGGGAAAUCCUCCUCUAGUUCUCUGCUCUUCCUCAGGUGUCGCCUGUUCCUCCUGAAGACUUGUCCCUGUUCUGUCUUCACCUUAUAGGACCUUUGCUCCACUGAUCUGACUACUGUGACCCUCUGCCACCAGUGUUUCUGUCCUGUGAGUGGCUGAACUCUCACCCUGUCAUCUCGUUGCAGCUCUGUGAGAUCCUUAGCAGAGGUGUCGUAGUUGUCACGCCCUGACAUUGAGAUCUCUAGUUGAGUUGGUCAGGGUGUGAAAUCUAGUUUAUAUAUUUCUAUGUUGGCCGGGUGUGGUUCCCAAUCAGAGGCAGCUGUCGGUCGUUGUCUCUGAUUGGGGAUCAUACUUAGGCAGCCAUGUUGCCUACCUUAGUUGUGGGAUCCUGUUUCUGUUUGGCUUGUUUGAUGUUUAGCCUCUUGAACUUCACAGUCUGGAUUUUGUUAUUUUGUCUGUGUUUAUUAAAAUAAACGACUAUGUACGCAUACCACGCUGCACCUUGGUCCGAUCCUUUAUACAACGAACGUGACAGUAGUACUUCGCCUGUUUCUGCUGUCUUUCUUUGAACUUCUCCAGCUGACAGUUUGCCAUCCCCGGUCUCAGAAGAUUUUCACUCAUUAUAAGUAGUGUCUUUGUACGUCUUCCCAUGAGCACUAUUGCAGGGCUGCUGUCUGUUCCUUGUGAUGGGGUAUUUCUGUGAUCCAGCAUGGCCAGGUAUGGGUCAGCACCUGCUCUCUUUGCUUUUGCCAUCAGUCUUUUGGCUGUUUUCACUGCCGAUUCCACUUUCCCAUUACUUUGCGAAGCUCUUUGCCACAUUCUCCUCCCUGCUGAAUCCCCCCCCCCCCCCCCUCCCUCUCUGUGGAUGACUUCGUCAACCAUUUUGAAAUAAGGUUGACGACAUCCGAUCCUCGUUUGUUAAGUCAAAUGACACUGCUGGUCCUGCUCACACUGCCCUACCCUAUGCUUUGACUUCUUUCUCCCCUCUCUCUCCAGAUAAAAUCUUGCGACUUGUGACGGCAGGCCGCCCAACAACCUGCUCGCUUGACCCUAUCCCCUCCUCUCUUCUCCAGACCAUCUCCGGUGACCUCCCUUACCUCACCUCGCUGAUCAACUCAUCCUUGACCGCUGGCUAUGUCCCUUCCGUCUUCAAGAGAGCGAGAGUUGCACCCCUUCUCAAAAAACCAACACUCGAUCCCUCUGAUGUCAACAACUACAGACCAGUAUCCCUUUCUUUUCUCUCCAAAACUAUUGAGCGUGCCGUCUUUAGCCAACUCUCUUGCUAUCUCUCUCAGAAUGAUCUUCUUGAUCCAAACCAGUCAGGUUUCAAGAAUGGUCAUUCAACUGAGACUGCUCUUCUCUGUGUCACGGAGGCUCUCCGCACUGCUAAAGCUAACUCUCUCUCCUCUGCUCUUGUCCUUCUAGACCUGUCUGCUGCCUUUGAUACUGUGAACCAUCAGAUCCUCCUCUCCACCCUCUCCGAGCUGGGCAUCUCCGGCGGGGCUCACUCUUGGUUGCGUCCUACCUGACCGGUCGCUCCUACCAAGUGGCGUGGCGAGAAGCUGUCUCCGCACCACGUGCUCUCACCACUGGUGUCCCCCAGGGCUCAGUUCUAGGCCCUCUCCUAUUCUCCCUAUACACCAAGUCACUUGGCUCUGUCAUAUCCUCACAUGGCCUCUCCUAUCAUUGCUACGCUGACGACACACAACUAAUCUUCUCCUUUUCCCCCUUCUGAUAACCAGGUGGCGAAUCGCAUCUCUGCAUGUCUGGCAGACAUAUCAGUAUGGAUGACGGAUCACCACCUCAAGCUGAACCUUGGCAAGACGGAGCUGCUCUUCCUCCCGGGGAAGGACUGCCUGUUCCAUGAUCUCGCCAUCACGGUUGACAACUCCGUUGUGUCCUCCUCCCAGAGUGCGAAGAGCCUUGGCGUGACCCUGGACAACACCCUGUCGUUCUCCGCUAACAUCAAGGCGGUGACCCGAUCCUGUAGGUUCAUGCUCUACAACAUUCGGAGAGUACGAUCCUGCCUUACACAGGAAGCGGCACAGGUCCUAAUCCAGGCACUUGUCAUCUCCCGUCUGGAUUACUGCAACUCACUGUUGGCUGGGCUCCCUGCCUGUGCCAUUAAACCCCUACAACUCAUCCAGAAUGCCGCAGCCCGUCUGGUGUUCAACCUUCCCAAGUUCUCUCACGUCACCCCGCUCCUCCGCACACUCCACUGGCUUCCAGUUGAAGCUCGCAUCUGCUACAAGACCAUGGUGCUUGCCUACGGAGCUGUGAGGGGAACGGCACCUCCGUACCUUCAGGCUCUGAUCAGUCCCUACACCCAAACGAGGGCAUUCCGUUCAUCCACCUCUGGCCUGCUGGCUCCCCUACCUCUGCGGAAGCAUAGUUCCCGCUCAGCCCAGUCAAAACUGUUCGCUGCUCUGGCACCCCAAUGAUGGAACAAGCUCCCUCACGACGCCAGGACAGCGGAGUCACUCACCACCUUCCGGAGACAUUUGAAACCCCACCUCUUUAAGGAAUACCUGGGAUAGGAUAAAGUAAUCCUUCUACCCCCCCCUUACCCCAACCCAAACCCCAACCGCAAAAAAAAUAAAAAAAAUAAAAACAUUGUGAAGUGGUGAUCCCACUGGCUAUAAGGUGAAUGCACCUAUUUGUAAGUCGCUCUGGAUAAGAGCGUCUGCUAAAUGACGUAAAUGUAAACGUAAAUGUAAGGAUGUCAGGUAUCCCAUAGCGUGCAAAGUGUGUCUUCAGUUUUCGAAUGACCGUUUUCGACUGUGUGUUCUCCAAAUGGUCCACUUCCCAGAAGUUGGAGAGAUAAUCAACUGUGACCAUGUAGUCUCUGUCGUUGAACUGGAACAGGUCAGUCCCUAUUUUUUUCCCAGGGACGCUUUGGUGCUUCGUGGGGCCUCAACGUUUCUUUCUGCUGCUUCAUACCCCAUGCCGUGUAGGUGCUACAUUGUGCCAUGUAUGUUCUCAGCUGUGCAUGCAUGCCUGGCCAGUAGACACACUCGCGAGCUCUUCUCAGACAUCAAAUCAAAUUUUAUUGGUCACAUGCGCCGAAUACAACAGGUGCAGACAUCACAGUGAAAUGCUUACUUACAGCCCUUAACCAACAGUGCAUUUAUUUUUAACAAAAAAAGUAAAAAUGAAACAACAACAAAAAAAGUGUUGAGAAAAAAAAGAGCAGAAGUAAAAUAAAAUAACAGUAGGGAGGCUAUAUAUACAGGGGGGUACCGUUGCAGAGUCAAUGUCCGGGGGCACCGGCUAGUUGAGGUAAUAUGUACAUGUGGGUAGAGUUAAAGUGACUAUGCAUAAAUAAUUAACAGAGUAGCAGCAGCGUAAAAAGGAUGGGGUGGGGGGGCAGUGCAAAUAGUCCGGGUAGCCAUGAUUAGCUGUUCAGGAGUCUUAUGGUUUGGGGGUAGAAGCUGUUGAGAAGUCUUUUGGACCUAGACUUGGCACUCCGGUACCGCUUGCCGUGCGGUAGCAGAGAGAACAGUCUAUGACUAGGGUGGCUGGAGUCUUUGACAAUUUUGAGGGCCUUCCUCUGACACCGCCUGGUAUAGAGGUCCUGGAUGGCAGGAAGCUUGGCCCCAGUGAUGUACUGGGCCGUACGCACUACCCUCUGUAGUGCCUUGUGGUCGGAGGCCAAGCAGUUGCCAUACCAGGCGGUGAUGCAACCAGUCAGGAUGCUCUCGAUGGUGCAGCUGUAGAAUUUUUUGAGGAUCUGAGUACCCAUGCCAAAUCUUUUCAGUCUCCUGAGGGGGAAUAGGCUUUGUCGUGCCCUCUUCACGACUGUCUUGGUGUGUUUGGACCAUGAUAGUUCGUUGGUGAUGUGGACACCAAGGAACUUGAAGCUCUCAACCUGUUCCACUACAGCCCCGUCGAUGAGAAUGGGGGCGUGCUCAGUCCUCUUUUUUUUCCUGUAGUCCACAAUCAUCUCCUUUGUCUUGGUCACGUUGAGGGAGAGGUUGUUGUCCUGGCACCACACGGCCAGGUCUCUGACCUCCUCCCUAUAGGCUGUCUCAUCGUUGUCGGUGAUCAGGCCUACCACUGUUGUGUCGUCGGCAAACUUAAUGAUGGUGUUGGAGUCGUGCCUGGCCAUGCAGUCAUGGGUGAACAGAGAGUACAGGAGGGGACUGAGCACGCACCCCCGAGGGGCCCCUGUGUUGAGGAUCAGUGUGGCAGAUGUGUUGUUACCUACCCUUACCACCUGGGGGCGGCCCGUCAGGAAGUCCAGGAUCCAGUUGCAGAGGGAGGUGUUUAGUCCCAGGAUCCUUAGCUUAGUGAUGAGCUUAGAGGGCACUAUGGUGUUGAAUGCUGAGCUGUAGUCAAUGAAUAGCAUUCUCACGUAGGUGUUCCUCUUGUCCAGGUGGGAAAGGGCAGUGUGGAGUGCAAUAGAGAUUGCAUCAUCUGUGCAUCUGUUGGGGCGGUAUGCAAAUUGGAGUGGGUCUAGGGUUUCUGGGAUAAUGCUGUUGAUGUGAGCCAUGACCAGCCUUUCAAAGCACUUCAUGGCUACAGACGUCAGUGCUACGGGUCGGUAGUCAUUUAGGCAGGUUAUCUUAGAGUCCUUGGGCACGGGGACUAUGGUGGUCUGCUUGAAACAUGUUGGUAUUACAGACUCAGUCAGGGACAUGUUGAAAAUGUCAGUGAAGACACUUGCCAGUUGGUCAGCACAUGCUCGGAGUACACGUCCUGGUAAUCCGUCUGGCCCUGCGGCCUUGUGAAUGUUGACCUGCUUAAAAGUCUUACUCACAUCGGAUACGGAGAGCGUGAUCACAUAGUCAUCCGGAACAGCUGGUGCUCUCAUGCAUGCUUCAGUGUUGCUUGCCUCGAAGCGAGCAUAGAAGUGGUUUAGCUCGUCUGGUAGGCUUGUGUCACUGGGCAGCUCACGGCUGUGCUUCCCUUUGUAGUCUGUAAUAGUUUUCAAGCCCUGCCACAUCCGACGAGCGUCAGAGCCAGUGUAGUACGAUUCAAUCUUAGUCCUGUAUUGACUCUUUGCCUGUUUGAUGGUUCGUCGGAGGGCAUAGCGGGAUUUCUUAUAAGCGUCCGGGUUAGAGUCCCGUUCCUUGAAAGCGGCAGCUCUACCCUUUAGCUCAGUGCGGAUGUUUCCUGUAAUCCAUGGCUUCUGGUUGGGGUAUGUACGUACGGUCACUGUGGGGACGACAUCAUCGAUGCACUUAUUGAUGAAGCCAGUGACUGAUGUGGUGUACUCCUCAAUGCUGUCUGAAGAAUCCCGGAACAUGUUCCAGUCUGUGCUAGCAAAACAGUCCUGUAGCUUAGCAUCUGCGUCAUCUGACCACUUUUUUAUUAACCGAGUCACUGGUGCUUCCUGCUUUAGUUUUUGCUUAUAAGCAGGAAUCAGGAGGAUAGAGUUAUGGUCAGAUUUGCCAAAUGGAGGGCGAGGGAGAGCUUUGUAUGCGUCUCUGUGUGUGGAGUAAAGGUGGUCUAGAGUUUUUUUUUCCUCUGGUUGCACAUUUAACAUGCUGGUAGAAAUUAGGUAGAACGGAUUUAAGUUUCCCUGCAUUAAAGUCCCCUGCCACUAGGAGCGCUGCAUCUGGAUGAGCGUUUUCCUGUUGAUUUAUGGCCUUGUACAACUCAUUCAGUGCAAUCUUAAUGCCAGCAUUGGUUUGUGGUGGUAAAUAGACAGCUAUGAAAAAUAUAGAUGAAAACUCUCUUGGUAAAUAGUGUGGUCUACAGCUUAUCAUAAUAUACUCUACCUCAGGCGAGCAAAACCUCGAGACUUCCUUAGUAUUUGAUUUUGUGCACCAGCUGUUGUUUACAAAUAUACACAGACCGUUCUAUCCUGCCGAUGUAGCAUAUAGCCCGCUAGCUGUAUGUUAUCCAUGUCGUCGUUCAGCCACGACUCGGUGAAACAUAAGAUAUUACAGUUUUUAAUGUCCCGUUGGUAGGAUAACCGUAAUCUUAAAUCAUCCAAUUUAUUUUCAAAUGAUUGAACGUUGGCUAAUAGGAUUGAUGGAAGAGGCAGUUUACUCGCUCGCCGUCGGAUCCUUACAAGGCACCCCGAUCUACGUCCACGAUAUCUCCGUCUCUUCCUCACGCGAAUGACGGGGAUUUGGGCCUUGUCGGGUGUCUGUAUGAUAUCCUUCGCGGCCGCCUCGUUGAAGAAAAAAUCUUUGUCCAAUACGAGGUGAGUAAUCGCUGUCCUGAUAUCCAGAAGCUCUUUUUGGUUAUAAGAGACGAUGGCAGAAACAUUAUGUACAAAAUAAAUUACAAAUAACGCGGAAAAACACAUAAUAGUACAAUUGGUUAGAGGGCUGUAAAACGGCAGCCAUCUUCUCCGGCGCUGUUCAUCCCUCUGUUCCUAUGUGUGAGGAAUGGAUUCUCUGCAUGAUCUCUGACCUGAGGGCAGUAGGUACAAUGACUCACUCACCUCUGAAGAUAACUCCAUUUUGCACACUCAGCUCAUCUCUGUUGUGAAAAUACAUGGCUACUUCCAAGGGUACAUGUCCUUUCACUUCAGGCCACCCCUGCAGGAUCACAUUUUUCAGUGUCUGGAGCUCCCGGUCCAGCUCAGUGGCUCUCUGGAUGUGCUUUAGUCUCUCGCUUGACACAGGGAGGUAGUGUAUCAUAUUGAUUGAUUCCACUUCGACCUCCACAGGGCCUCUGUUGUCUUGUUCUGUGAGGUACGCCCUGCUCAGGGUGUCGGCCAGAACCAUGUUUUCCCGGAACGUAUCGGAGACUGACCUCAUAGUUUUGGAGUCUCAUGAGCAUGCGUUGUAGUCUUUUUGGUGCACUGAGUAGAGGCUUUGUCAUGAUGCUCUCUAGAGGCUUGUGAUCUGACUGCACUUCCACAGUUCGUCCAUAUGUGAAUUGGUGGAACCUCUCCAUGCCAAACACCACUGCAAGCAGCUCCUUCUCUAUCUGUGCAUACCCUUUUUCAGUCUCUGUCAGGGCUCUGCUGGCAUAUGCUAUUGGUUGUCCUCCCUGCAUCAAGGCUGCUCCUAACCCACUCUCUGAAGCAUCACACUGUAGUACAAGCUGCUCUGUUGGGUUGUAGUAUUUCAGCACAGGGGUCUGUGCAAUGGCAUCCCUGAUUUUAUUGAAAGCCUGCUCAUGUCUCUCUGACCACUCCCACAGUGAGUCCUUGUAUGUUAGCUGUUGCAGUGGCUCACAGAGCUCCGUGGCGUGGCUGCAGAACUUGGCUAGGUAGUUUACCAUGCCCAGGAAGCGCUGCACCCCCUGCACAUCUGUAGGCCUAAGCAUCUGUUUAAUGGCUGUCACUUUUCUUGGGUCCACUUUCAACCCCUCUGAUGUUAGCAGGUGGCCAAUGUAGGGCACUUCCUUCAGCCUGAGCUGCAGCUUCUCCGGAUUCAGCUUGAUAUUGAGCUUCCUACAUCUGUCCAGGAACAUUUAUGGUUUUUGCCGUGGUCCAGAGUUGCCGCUUCAUCGUUGUCUCCUUCUCCCACAAUCAGGAUGUCAUCUGCAAUGAUUUUGACUCCUGGAAGACAUUCCAUUGCCUGGCUCAACUUCCUCUGAAAGAUCUCUGGGGCUGGACUGAUUCCCAUUGGCAUGCGCAGCCACCUGUAGCGUCCCAUGGGAGUAGAGAACGUGGUGAGGUAGCUGGAUUCCUCCUCCAGUUCCACAUGCCAAAAUCCAUUUUUUACAUCACAAACAGAGAACACGCGUGCUCUGUUCAGAUCUGGCAGCACGUCUUCAAUAGUGGGAAGUGGGUAAUGGCUCCUCUUGAGCGCCUUGUUGAGAGGUUUCGGAUCAAUGCACACUCUUAGUUUUCCAGACGGUUUCUUCACUACGAUCAGGCUGCUAAUCCAAUCUGUGCUUUUUUCAACUGCUUUUAUCAUCCUUCUUUUCUCUAGACCACUGAGCUCCUCUUUGAGUGGUUUAUAUAGUGCUACUGGCCCUCUUCUCUUUGGCAGCUGGACGGGCUCCACUCGCUCAUCCACUUCCAGCUUCAAUUUGCCAGGUAAGCAUCCAUCUCCCUGGAAUACAUCAGAGUACUCUUGUUUAAUUUGCUCUUUAGUCCAGGAUCCUGUUGUUUUCUCGAUGGCCAGGAUGUUGUGAUGCUGCACAGUAAUCAACUCCAUUGCCUGGAUAGCCUUACUGCCUAGAAUGGGCCUGUGCACAUUCUUGUUGACUACGAUGAACUCAACUCGGUAGGUUUUCUUAUUGCGUGGAUUGAUCACUUUAAGUGUGCACUUCCCCAGUGGCGUCAGAGUACUCUUGUUAUACAUCACCAAUACCUGACUGCAGGGCUCUAGGUGACUGGCUUUUAUGAGGUUUGCAGGGAUAAUAUUACAACUAGCACCACAAUCUAGCUGAAAUCUGACUGACUUUUUGUUGACCAGCACGGUUGCAAAGAGAGCUGCAUUGGGGUCUGUGGUUUUCUCCUGCACCACGUUGAUGCUCUCUGACUUUGGCCCUAGUGUGAUGCAGAGAACAUCCUCAUCGCUCUCUGAGUCAGCUAACGCAUUUUCCAUUGCCAGGACUCUGUUUCUCUUGCUGGUCCCUGCACUUUUGCAAACUGUAGAAAAGUGAUUGUUUAAACCACAGGAUUUACAUUUUUGUCCAUAUGCAGGGCAUUUUUCAUUUUUUCUCUCAUGUCCACAGUAUCUGCAUUGUACAAUGCUCUGUCCCUCUGUAGGGUCUCCUCUCCCUCUCGGUCUAUCUUUCUGUGUGACUGCAUGCACUGCUACAGGGCCCUGCACAUUUAUGACUUUAGCUCUCUGUCUGGACAGUUCUGCAGCUCUUCCAAUCUGUAUGCAUUUCUCUAAACUGAAAUCAGUCUCUCUGAGUAAGCGCUCUCUAAAUGUGGGUCACAUGUGCCACACACAAUCCUGUCCCCGAUAAGACAGUCUGUGAUUACUCCAAAGUUGCAGUUGGCCACUAGAGUCCUCAAUUCAGUGAGAUAUUUGUCUAAACUCUCAUCUUGGCCCUGACUUCGCAUAAAAAAAUCAUCUCUCAAUUGUUUCAUUUUUCUUUGGAUCACAAAAUGCAUCCAGUGCUGCAAUUACUUCCUCAACAGAGAGAUUGUCUUUUGUACUGCCCACACAGUCUCACAAAUCUCUCUGCCUUUUCCCCCCAAUGAGAUAAUACAGUAGCUUCACUUUGUAAUCCUCAGGUUUUUCUCUCAUUGUAAGAGCCAUGUACAAAUUGAAUUCUUCUUUCCAUCUUUUCCAGUUCAGUGCUAAAUUACAAUCAAGUCUAUUUUCCCCGGAGGUUUCAGUGCAUUUUCCAUGGCGAUUUAUUCGUAGAAUGGAACGUUAGCUACUCACGAAUCUGCUUGUAUCCAAUAGCCAGUGUCAAAGUUGCGUCAAUUCAAAUCUGGCAUUAGGAACAAAAGAGGUCAACACGACUUCUAAGAUAUACUAGUUAUUUUAAUUAAUGCAAAAACCUUCAAUGGUAAAUAUGAUGUUUCGUAUAUACGGGCUCUUUGAAAUACCUCGCAGGGCACUUCAGAGAACUAAAUCCAUUGUUUCAGAUUGUUCUUCAAAUACUCUUACAGAGAGAGUUUCCCACCUCUGCUGGCCAAUCAGAGUAGAGACUUGAGCGUGGUUUAGACUUACUCAGCCUAUCCGUUGGCGCACCGGCUGUUCCCCGCCUCUUCUGUUACCAGGCAUACGUUUAUCAUAACAACCUGUCAUAGUGAGAAGAGCCAGCUCCCCUAGACACCAUUCCUACGUCCAAGGAAGGUUCACAGAUCACAAAGAACCAGUAUUUUCUAGUAUUUGGAGACACAAAUCCUUAUCUCAUUUUACCCCCUAAAACAGCUCUUCACAUCAAUCACAGCUUGCCAGGUGACACAACCUACAUUAGCCCAGUCAAGAAUGCAUUCUUUCUAAGUUAGUCAUCCCAUCAAUUAUAAAAAUAAUAAAUCUCUCACAAUCCCCCUUUUCACACCCACUAGGGUGUGAUUCAAAAAAUAAGAAAACACAGGGUGUCAUUCAUUAUAAUACAAUACAAACAAAAAGAAUCACACUUUUAUUAAUAGGCCAUAAUGAUACUAAAAAAUAAAAACCCUCAGUCCAUCUACACCCAACUUGCAAAUUGUUACCACUCACCAAGGAACUUCAAACCAUGAAACACAGGAUUAAUAGAACACAAAACAUAAGAUUGUUAAAACAUAAAACACAAAACAGAGAAGUAAAUUUUGGCCCCCUUUAGACACCCUCUAGUGUCACUCCACCAAGCCUGGUAGGUCAUAUCCUCCAUUCCUAGGUUGGAGUCCAGGAUUGGGCCGUAUCUCACCAUCUGUUGGGAAACCACCUUCCCCAUCUCCUUUCUCACCAAACCUCAGACACAGGAAAUAAGACAACAUCCACAAAGAACAAGUAUACCCAUAGAAGCUAUAACUUCACCCAGAAUAGUUACAACAAUAGUUUUCCAUUUACCAAAUAUGUUAUCAAACCAACCGUUUAUGGAGCUAUCAAUACCAGAGUUCUCAGCCAGUUCGUUCGUCAGCGUAGUUACUCCCCUGAAGCUCUUUUGUCACGGACCCGUCCGGUGCUAUAUUGUUUGAGGAUGAAAAUACAGCACAUAUAUCCAAACAGAACACAAACUCUGCCCCGCUCAGCCAAAAGCAUAUCUAAAGCUAUUCUAUUCUGCCAUGUCAUUAAGCUAGUUGCCGCUGUCUGCUCAGCUAAUCCCUUUAUUGCAUCACGAGUGUGGUUUAUAAAUCUUUAUAAUUUAUCCAAUCUACGUUUUUAUUAAUUGUUGACCACCAAAAAAGACUUGAUUCAAACUCAGCUGCGAUCUGAUUCCUAGCUUUGAAUUGUUCUGGAACCCCUCGAGGUACUCCUAUCCCAUCAAUAUAUAUAUCCUUUCAUCAAAGGAUCCCGGGAGGAGGUCCUACUUUCUACGUGACAACUCACCAGUCUCUGACACGUUUGAUUGUUUACAUAUGUAGGUGAAUUCUCAAUCAGUUAUCACCACACAACCAUCAGAUGUCAGCAUGGGCCUGGUUUUGGUUCCUAAAAUCCUCUGGCUGCAACAAAGAGGAGAGAUUAGUCAUGGUCUCUUUUAGUUGUGAUAUUCUCUGUGUGGGAGCAGGAGCUAAGAUGCCCUACUCUGUAUCCUAUCUUACUAGUCCUAGAAAAACAAUUAGAAUCCCCUGAGACUUCAAACGUAGGCAACCUAGGUCGGAAUGACUUUGUUAUCGGGGGAUACAGAUAGUUCAAGUUACUACAAGACUCUUUCACCACAUUCCCAGGUGGCUUGCAUGGAGGAUAAACCUGUUUUUGCGUACAUCAGACUUUCAGACAGUACCUACCCUUCUAUGGGUCGCACUGCCAUUUCUGGUAAUUCCCUACUUUCACAAUACUACACCUGUCCCUAAACUGUGUAUGGAGAUUUACAUAUCCCCCCCGCUCGGUAUGAGCAACUACAUAAUCCCAGGAUGUACAUGGUGACAUACAUAUGGUGAUGUCCUUCCCUAAAGUCCCUAGUACUUCCCCUUUCCCUACGUCUAGCUGUCUCCUAUGCCUUCGUAGACUGUGCUCAGGUAUUAUUUUAUCAACUUGUGUUAGGUUAACUACUACUUCUGGCUGAUCAGGAGGGUUUGAGUGUGCUAGGAAUAUGGCCCCCACAAUCAGACAGCUACCUACCGUCGGGAGACCUGUGAAUCCCCACCCUCGCCCUGAGAACAUGUCAGACGCCAACCCAUUGCUUCACCUUCUACCGAACUCACACAGGGAUGAUCAGACAGGGUAAGGGAAUCUUCGUUAAGGAGCCAACCCCCGAGCCCUAAUGGUGAUCGGUUCUUUCUCCUAACUCUGUGUUUGUUCAUCAGGUGUAACUGGGUUUACCUUUUUGCAGUGUGUGACAUGCACUGCAAAAAUCUCUGAAGCUGGAGACUCUUAUCUCCCUCAAUAACUUUAAGCAUCAGUUGUCAGAGCACCUUACCGAUCACUGCACCUGUACACAGCCCAUCUGAAAUUAGCCCACCCAACUACCUCAUCCCUAUAUUGUUAUUUAUUUUGCUCUUUUGCACCCCAGUAUCUCUAUUUGCACAUAAUCUUUUGCACAUCUAGCAUUCCAGUGUUAAUACUAUUGUAAUUAUUCUGCACUAUAGCCUAUUUAUUGCCUUACCUCCAUAACUUGCUACAUUUGCACACACUGUAUAUAUAUUUUCUGUUGUAUUUCUGACUUUAUGUUUUUUACCCCAUAUGUAACUCUGUGUUGUUUUUUAUUGCACUACUUUGCUUUAUCUUGGCCAGGUCGCAGUUGUAAAUGAGAACCUGUUCUCAACUGGCUUACCUGGUUAAAUAAAGGUGAAAUAAAAAUAAAAAUAAACCCAAGUGGAUCUAAUAGGACUUGAUAGGGCCCUUCCCAACAGGCCUGCUUCCAGUUUUUCUUCUUUUAGGGACUGGAUCCACACCCAGUCUCCUGGUUAGAUAGAGUGGGUCACCUUCUCCUUUAGUUCACCUGUGGGGCACAAAACCUCUGACAUACGGGUGUGGUUAAUAAACUAUCUUUACACAUACAUGUUCAGCUCUCAAUUUCUAAUCUUUUUUUUUUUAAAGUAUUUUGUGCUCUCCUUCGUAUAUAUUUAUUAUUUAAUCCUAUCAUUAUUAUUUAAUCCUAUCACUCCCCCUUUUUGACACAUGAUUUGCCCAUGUGUCAAUAUUACCACCUUCCUAAACCAUCCCUUAGGUAAUUUAUCAUCCAAUUGCCAUGCCUUUCAUUUUCGAGAUUGUCUUUUGCUUCUUUAUUGCUCCUCCCACUUCCUUUGUCUUUUAUGGCAGCUAAAUUCGACUUUCAUCCAGUUCAGAAUCAAUUAGUAAUCCAAUCAUCAAUCUCUUAUCUUGUAAAAACACUCAUGUUUAGUUCAAACUCUGUUCUACCCAGGCUCUCCCGGGCUUGACCUGAAGACUGAUUGUUGGACAUGACAAGUCUAUAUUUAGGUCACCUAAGUCUUCUGUCUAGCAACAAAGAAUAAAAACCUCUAUGUUCGUGAUUAACCCAGUUAUCUCUAAUAGCCCACCAAAAAAACCCCAUCAUCUUUAAAUCACGACCAAUGUCAUAUCCCUCUUUACUCUCUACCAUUUGGAUAACAUCCCUGAUGUAUGUAUGCCUCCUUAGAGUUCCAAAUUAUUUUACCAUGGGCUACCAUUGCCUUCCCAUAGAUAAGAUCACUUAAUUUACCCGUAUGCAGUACAUAAUGGAGUACCCAAACUUUACAGCAGUUUAUCAUUACCAAAAAGCUCAUCAUUUGUAUUUUGUUUAACGGUUUUGGCGCUUCAAGUAUAGCAGUUUUCCUGGAUGAGUUUAACAUUCGCCCCUCCUGAGUUAUAGUGUGUCCUAGGUAAAUGACCUCGCUCUGCCAAAGUUGAAGUUUCUUUUUGCUCACUUUGUGUCCCUGUUCUGCCAGGAAGGUUAACAAUUGGAUUGUAUCCCUCUUACAUCCCCCCUGAGUGGGAUUAGCCAAUAUAAUAUCAUCUACAUAAACUAACAUUUGGCUUCCUUCCCUAGGUUCAAACUUUCCCAAAUUCUUAGAUAGGGUGGCAGGUAGCUUAGUGGUUAAGAGCGUUGUGCCAGUAACCGAAAGGUCGCUGGUUCUAAUCCCCGAGCCGACUAGGUGAAAAAUCUGUCGAUGUGCCCUUAAGCAAGGCACUUAACCCUAAUUGCUCCUGUAAGUCGCUCUGGAUAAGAGCGUCUGCUAAAUGACGUAGAUGUAGAUGUAGAUGUUAUAGCCUGGACAAAGAUUGUAAGACUUUCUGAGUAGCCUUGAGGCAUCCUAGCGUAAGUCCAUUUCCUUCCCUAAAAAGUAAAGCCAAACCACCCCUGACUAUCCGGAUGAACUGGGAUACUAAAGAAAGCAUUAGCUAAAUCUAUCACUGUAAAACAGAAGUUCUCUAGUUUCAAUUGGUUCAGCAAUGUAUGUGGAUCUGGUACACAUGGAGCUCUGGGAAUUAUAUUUCUAUUAACCCCCUGCAAGUCCAUGACCAUCCUCCAGUCGGCGCUAGGUGCCGCCUUUUUAACAGGAAAUACUGGAGAGUUGCAUUGUGCCUCAUCUCCAGGAAUUAUCACCCCUCCCUUAAGUAAAUGCUGAAAUGUAGGUGUUAUCCCUUUUAUUGCUUCUGGUUUCAUAGGGUAUUGCUUUUGUUAUGGUCUAUUAUCGGAUCGAGGAAUCACUUGUACUGGAGCUACCCCCUUAAUUAGUCUUACAUCGGCUGGUCCUUGUGACCAUAAUUUGAACGGAAUUGCUGCUAACUCAGCCUCCUGUUCCUGAGUUAAGAAAAUCUCUUCCUGUCAUCCGUUAAAACUUGUCUCCAAGUGGACCCCGGGCAGGGUUUUUGCUCUCCAAUUCAACUUUCUUCUAUAUCUCCCAGUGGAGUGGCCAUACUGAUCCCCAUUUGGUGUAUUCUGCCAGUCAGUAAUGUUUUUCCCCUGUUUUAUCCAUCUACCUAGUGAUAACCAUUCCUCUGAAUGUUCUUUCACUAGGGCAACAUGGGGGCUCCACCUUUCUCUGUACAGCCUCUGGCUCUGUGAACCCAUUUUAACCCAAUUUGAAAAACAACAACCACAAAUAGCCAGGCCUCACUUAAUUUGGUAGCUCACUUUUAUGACCUAAAUACUGCCUAACUGAGAUGAGCUAAUCUCUUUCUCCUGGUUAUAAUCUAAAGAUGGUAGUAUACACAAAACAUGAUACAGAUAUCCCCAGUCUUAACCCAUCAAUAAUUGUUUGUAUCAAUCUAAUUCCUCAUAACUAAUCCAUUAAAUCACUCAAAAUUCCUCGAGUAUACAAUGAUUAUUUAAUUGAUUACCCUAACUCUGCUACAUGUGAUCUCAUCUCAAAUGAUCCAUUAUCAAUUAUUUGUUCAACCCCCUAGUAAAAUCUCUCUCCCCUUCUAUUCUGGAGUUCUACCUCUACCAGCUAUUUCCCCUAGUGGCCAUUAAAUACUCUGCUCCCGUCUGUUCUUUUUCUUACUCUGUUAGUCUCUGCUUUUCAAGCUCCAGAAACUGUUGUCUCUGUCUCUCAGCCUGCUUGUUUUUCAAACCUAAACAGUUGCCUUCUCUCUAUUUCUUUUAUUCUCUCCCUCUCUAACUUCCUCUGUCUCUCUAAUUCUGUCUCUGCCUCUCCUUUUCAAACUCUCUCUAUUUUUUUCCCUCCUUAAACUGUGUACUUAUAACCAAUGUUUUUUCAAUCCAUCAUCCUAAUAGUAAAAACGAUAUCCCAUUGUUCACAUAACAAAACUAAAUUAUUUUUUUAGAAUCCACCAUUUAUUUUCAUCCACCACUGGUGUUACUCAACCUAUACAAUAAAGUAAUAACCAUUUGAAUUUAUCAAAGCACUUCCUCUCAGUAAAGUCUCCCGACCUCCACUUUUUCCCGCCAACCAGAGCCAUAAAUUAUUAUCCUUUGUCCUACUCAACUUUCACAGCUCUAUCGCUACUUCAGUUCGCCAUCCAAUUUCUUCAACUGUUCUCUCUGAUUCGGCCCUAAUCAAUAAAACAAAUACUUGAUAUCAUUGAUAAGCAUACACUUAAGGAUGAUAUUCCAUAAUGUCAUUCGUACUUGUAACAUGUUUUCAUAGACCUAUCUAGAAUACUACUAAAGCUAUCUUAUGCAACUUUUAAUACACGUAAAAAGCUCUCUCUCUCUCCACCCAUUCCCUAUUGAAUAAGUGAGUUUUUCUAUUUAACCCCAAAACACGCUACAAAUAGUCCAUUCAACAUUACCAAACCAAAUACUCCAUCGUACCCAUUCAAUCAACACAUCAGCAGUGGAAUUUACACUCAUAAAUGCAGAUUGUUACUCCAUGCCUUGAAAUGAUAAAAAGAUUUCCACCAAUAGCAUAUUACAAUGAUUUCUCAUCUUACCCUCUAACACAAAAUGAAGUUCCUUCACUGUACUACUUUAGCUCUAUCAUGAUAAUUAGUUGAAUUUAACCCUCCAUCUGCUUUGUACUAUAUUAUACAUUACGUCUAAAACAACAUUAGUUAUGGUCAGUUUAUUCCACCAUCACAUAAUCCAACAACGCCACAAUCUUAAACUCAUAUAGGGCGGCAGGCAGUUUAGUGACCAAUAGCGCCGCGCCAACAACCGAGAGGUCGCCGGUUCCAAUCCCCGAGCCGACCAGGCGAAAAAUCUGCCGAUGUGCCCUCGAGCAAGUCACUCAACCCCAAUUGCUCCCAUAAAUCGCUCUGGACAAGAGCGUCCGCCAAAUUACCAAAAAUGCAAAUGUAAAUGUUCUCUACUUUCUCACCCAUGACGUACGUCUACGCUCGGGUGAGCAAGUUUAGAACAUCUCUCGUCAGAAACCCACAUGCACCUCUCAAUUAAUCACCCCGUGUGGCGUUCCCAGCCAACUCCCAGUCUUUCCUGGCUCCAAAAGCCACACUUUCGCUCUCUCCAGCCCCUCCCCUCGCAACUCUACCUUCCGUGUCCUCUGAGGAGCUGUGUUUCUUGUUUUCAAUAUUCUGCCGUUAAUUAAGGUACUUUAGUCUAUUUAUUUAAAUCAAAUAAUUCCCACCUAAUUAGUUAAAGUUGGUGCACGUUUAUAUUUAAACGAUAAACCGAAUUAUUUCAGUCUAAUUGUUUGAAAGCAGUGUUCUUACUGUGCCACACAUCAAAUGGUAAAUCAAAACAAAUAAACCAAAGUGUUUCAAUUAUUUAACCAAUGGUUGAUACAUCAAAUUAAACGCCACACAUCAAAUCGUAAAUUGAACGAAUAAACCCAAGUGUUUCAAUUAUUCAACCAAUGGUUGUUAUGUCAAAUCAAGCGCUACACAUCAAAUGGUAAAUCAAAACAAAUAAACCAAAGUGUUUCAAUUAUUUAACCAAUGGUUGAUACAUCAAAUUAAACGCCACACAUCAAAUGGUAAAUCGAACGAAUAAACCCAAGUGUUUCAAUUAUUCAACCAAUGGUUGUUAUGUCAAAUCAAGCGCUACACAUCAAAUGGUAAAUCAAACGAAUAAACCCAAGUGUUUCAAUUAUUUAACCAAUGGUUGUUAUAUCAAAUCAAGCGCUACACAUCAAAUGGUAAAUCAAACGAAUAAACCCAAGUGUUUCAAUUAUUUAACCAAUGGUUGUUCUAUCAAAUCAAGCGCUACACAUCAAAUGGUAAAUCAAACGAAUAAACCCAAGUGUUUCAAUUAUCUAACCAAUGGUUGUUAUAUCAAAUCAAGCGCUUAACCAUAUUACUUCAAUUUACUUAUUUAAAACCAGUGUUAUGUUAUGUCAAACAUUAAACAUUACAAUUCAAUUAUAUCAGUUCAAACGUUUCAGUUUAGUCAUACUAGUUAUUCAUUAUUUUACCUUCAUAUUCCCAAUUGUUAUUAACGGGUUAUACGGUUUAGGCAACCACAAACCCAACAGUUAUUCACAAAUUAUACAGUUUGGACAGCCACAGACGUCUUAAUAUACAGGUUUAUUAUUUUUAAUAACCCCUAUUCACUAUUUUAUUUCGUCUGUGAUCAUUCGCGCACUCAUGCAUACAACAACACCCAGUGUUCCCCUGAUCCUAGCCGUAUCUAGCCCCCUGAUACGUGUCAGUAGCGUAACACUAUCUAAAAUGUAAGUGCCCGUUAUGAUCCUAGCCGUAUCUCAGUGGAUAUGUGCCACAACGUUACACUUUGAUCAAUUAAUCCCUGUAUCUCACAGUUCCACCAUUUGUGGUCCAGAGACUUCAGUAUUUUCCUCAGAACCUAGCCAUAUCUCUCGGGAUAUGUGUCAAAGGAACAAUACUCAACUAAAAUGUUGCCGCUCCUCUGAUCCUAGCCAUAUCUCGAUGGAUAUGUGUCAGUAGCCAACGCCCUUAGCCAAUAAUUCCCUGUGUCUCCAGUUCUCACCCCUGGUGAUCCUAGCCUGGGGACUUCAGUAUUUUCUCAGAACCUAGCCAUAUCUCUCUGGAUAUGUGUCAAAGAAACAAUACUCAACUAAAAUUUUGGCGCUCCUCUGAUCCUAGCCAUAUCUCGAUGGAUAUGUGUCAGUAGCCAACGCCCUUAGCCAAUAAUUCCCUAUAUCUCUGAACCUUAGCCGUAUUGUCGCAAUUACGGACCUUGCCGGUAGAUGUCAGUAUUGUCUCCUGAACCUAGCCGUAUCCACAGUUACGGACCUUGCCGGUAGAACAAAUACUCUCUGGUACCAUGGUUUAACAUCACAUUUACCAAAGGUUUGCAUGUCACAAUAUUGUGCUUAUCUACUCAUAAUAGUUUAAUAAUUUAGUUCACUUACAUCAGACAGUUGUUUCACAAAAUUAAUUUGAAUAAAGCCAAUGUGCAGAUCUUUAGUUAUUUAACAAUAGGUAUCUGCUUACCUUCUUUAUGUAGUCUGGACUUUUUGUCACACAGUCCAAUGAAAGAGGUGACCAAAUGGGCCGGACAAUACCCAGCGAAGUCCCUUCUACCAGAUCACGUCGGAAGUCACCAAUUGUCAAAGUUGCGUCAAUUCAAAUCUGGCAUUAGGAACAAAAGAGGUCAACACGACUUCUAAGAUAUACUAGUGUAGUGUCUGAAGGUCUAUUGAUUUUGCUGAUGUUUGCAAAUGGUGUAAUAGAUGAACUUUACUCUGCUUUGCUGAAGCAUUUGGAAAAGCAUUGCUACAUAGGUUUCUUGGAAUAGAGGACAUUUGGAGAUAUGUGAAAGCCGGGGAUUGGUUGAUUAAAAUCACGCCAUAUUAUGUUACAUAGGAUAUAAAUACCAGGUUCUGAACAAAGGGAGGGUAGAGAGACAACAUAUGGGAUCAACAGAUUGGCCGUUUCUCUCCAGAUAUAACUGCAGAUAUCUGUAAAUUAAUACUGUGAACUUUGAUACAAUAAAUCUUUAUAAUCAAAGAACAGUGUAAGCGGACUUCUUAUCAUCACAGCAUAAUUAGCAACGUUGACUUGGACACCACACUAGUUAUUUUAAUUAAUGCAAAAACCUUCAAUGGUAAAUAUGAUGUUUCGUAUAUACGGGCUCUUUGAAAUACCUCGCAGGGCACUUCAGAGAACUAAAUCCAUUGUUUCAGAUUGUUCUUCAAAUACUCUUACAGAGAGAGUUUCCCACCUCUCUGCUGGCCAAUCAGAGUAGAGACUUGAGCGUGGUUUAGACUUACUCAGCCUAUCCGUUGGCGCACCGGCUGUUCCCCGCCUCUUCUGUUACCAGGCAUACGUUUAUCAUAACAACCUGUCAUAGUGAGAAGAGCCAGCUCCCCUAGACACCAUUCCUACGUCCAAGGAAGGUUCACAGAUCACAAAGAACCAGUAUUUUCUAGUAUUUGGAGACACAAAUCCUUAUCUCAUUUUACCCCCUAAAACAGCUCUUCACAUCAAUCACAGCUUGCCAGGUGACACAACCUACAUUAGCCCAGUCAAGAAUGCAUUCUUUCUAAGUUAGUCAUCCCAUCAAUUAUAAAAAUAAUAAAUCUCUCACACAGCUAACGUUAACGUUCGGCGCGAUGACUAGCCUGUAAACGCGGCACUUUUUCAAACUGCCGCCUGGGAUGUAUUCUUCCUUUACAUCAAUGAGAUCCAGGUUCUUUUGAGUACCACUGCCACCAUGUUAAGGAGCAAUGUAGAAUAAAUGUAUGGUGUCCAUAUUAGGACAGCCUCACACUGUAGAAGUGAAACCCUUCAUUUCAUAAGUCAUGAAUAGCAUCACUGUAAAGUGACUGCUUUAUACUAACUCCUUUUCCACUUUAAAAUUACUGUUUAGUUAGUAAUAUGAGUUCUUAAAUGAGUUGGCAGUACUUUCAAACACAUUAUGAACCCAUUAUGAGCUAUAACACACUAUUGCUGUCCUUAUGGCUCCACUGUUCAUGAUGCAUAAACUGACAUGAUUCCACUGGACCUCAUCUGCAUACUUGAUAUUGUGAUGAAUCUAGAAGAGUCAGUGGAAAAACAAUGGUCGCACUCUUGGUUGCACUCAAGCCCUCAACCUGGGGCAAGUCCACCUGUACUGGACAGUUCAGCCCAUCACGAAGACAGAUUCUUCCACCUGGGUUGCGAUAUUCACCAUGGGGCACAAAAUCAAGUGUCAGCAUUAAAUGAUGACAGCAUCUGCCAAUUACUCACCAUUGCAUCACAGAUAAGGUUCCUAAGGUUGCACUCUCAGAACCGGCACGCCACAAAGGUUCAAUUGAGAUACACCAGUCUUCCCCACAAACUAAGACAAGAGGCCGUGUUGGAAUACCCAUACUUGCGUCCUAAAUAGUAGGCUGUUUGAGUUUCCGAAAAAAUUAUAUUUUAUAGUAUGUGACAUUUUGUUUUGAUAGCUAGAUCUGUUCAAGUAAACAACAAAACAACUUGUAAGAUAGCGAAUAGUGAAGCUUCUGUGAUGGUGUUCAAAUGUGACUAUUUUUUGUUCUCCUUAAAAUGAUCACAACUAUUUCAUCAUACAUAUUUGAAAACAGAUUUGCAGCCUGCUGCCUGCGAUGCCUUUAGCUAGCUACGUGCUUUAGUAUGACUAGAAGUUAUAGCUAACUGUUCAAACAGUAAUGUUAACUAGAGGGUUAUGUAGUGUAUUAAGAUUAUGACUUUGUUAAUGUUUUCAAGUGGAACCUGAGAGGAUGUUUAUUUAGUUUCAAAGGGAAUUGUUUUAGUGUGACGCCCCAUAGAACAGAGGGAGUCGACAGUGUGUUGUAGACAGGGGAUUGGACAGUAGAGGGAGCCACCCAUAUUUUGGGGAAUAGUAUAAUAAUAAUAUAAUAUGCCAUUUAGCAGACGCUUUUAUCCAAAGCGACUUACAGUCAUGCGUGCAUACAUUUUUGUGUAUGGGUGGUCCCGGGGAUCGAACCCACUACCUUGGCAUUACAAGCGCCGUGCUCUACCAGCUGAGCUACAGAGGACCACUAGGACCAAUAGUAUAAGUACUGGGUUUAAACAAAGAAGAGCAGAGCGGCCAUUGCAAUUUGGGAAACACUGCUCUCCGGAUGCUAUAUACAUCUGUACACUUAUGCUGAAAUCUUGUGAUAUGAAUAAAACUUAUGAUCAAAGUUCAGUAUAAGCAGACUCCUUUGUUUAACAGCAAUAAUUAGCAACAUUGACUCGACACUACAAAAUGGCACCCCAGAUGGGACCGGUCUGCGUCUCUCCUGGGUUCCAUUCAUGGGCGCCAAGCUGACUCUCGUUCCGAAGUCAUGGCCAGAUAAGGGUGAGUUUCCUCACCACUUUGGGCAUUUGUUAGUUCGGAGGCUAUUUGAGUGUGCGCUGGGGAGAUGUACCGUGUAAAGUACUUGUGUGUGCUGGUGUGGCUGUUAUUGCUGUUGACUAGGGGUCUGUCAUAACUAUUCUAAAUUUGGUUGCACUGGUGAACGGCGCAAAUAGGGGGGAGUGUCUAUAGAGAUAUUUUGCUUGAAUAGGAAUUCAAGAACAAUCGAUUGAAGGAAUAAGGCCAAGGUAUAUGUAUACAAAUUAGGACAUUGUGAAUCUGGAAAGACCUCUAAACAAGGCGACCUCUAUGGUGGGCCGGAAAUCCUGUAACAUAUUAGAUGGAAUGGGUGAGUCCUGGGGACUGGAGACUGUGGUAUAUACAUUUUAUUGCAAGUUACUGCUCAUCUUAUAGCUGACGAGGUAUAUGUUUGAUGUGACCGCUCAUAGAAUAUCCAUAACUCGCGGCAGCAUAAAGUUAGGGACAAAGGAACAGGAAUUUUGGCGCAAUGUAGGUUACAUUGCUACAUGCUACAUGCCACAUGUUACAUACAUGCUACAUGCUAACAUGUGACCUUAGAGGGCCAUCGAGAUGGAAUAAAGCCUCUUAAAUUAUGUUUGUGUGUGUAGAAUUUAAGUUCUAUGCUUUGUGAGCUCUGUUAAAUGUUAUUGUUUGGCUAUGAGGAGAAAACGGAGUUACAGCGGGACUGUUAACUUUCUGUUUGGCUUGGGGAGAGAGCUGCUUGAGGGCUCCGUCCACGCUGAAAUCGUAUUGGUGAAUGAACUGCGCAUGCGUGUGAUUUUAUGACUUUAGAGUUACGUAGGGAGAAUGUGCCACUGCCUACACUGGGUGCUGGGAGACGCAGACUCAGAAGCAGACAGAGAGAGAUUUGAACACGAAUGGAAUGUUCUAGUUGUUACAUAGGCUGUUGCUUAAUGAUGAAGCUAUUUGUUGAGAUCUAUUGAAUUGAUAAAUGAGAGAGAUAUGUUGACGGAUUAAAAAAUAAAAUAAAAAUAAUUAAAUAAAUAAAAUAAAAAAUGUUAUUGAGCUAUCUAUAAUUAUUCCUGAGUUAAUUCUUAGAGCGAAUGUGACUGGAGGAAUAUUGAAUGGUUGAAAUAACUCAGUGACUGCAUAAACUGCUAAAUUCUUGUCUGUUUCUUUGUUCUUUUGUCAUAUGAGAGACGAUAAGAGGAACGAGAGGAGAGGAGAGAGAGAAAGAGAGGAAGUGCUGACAUGUACAUCAUGUGACAGGGUGUGACGCGACAGAGGCUGCUGCGACAGGAUCAAGUCAAAUAUCAGGCUAGUGCUGUUCUGUUUACAAAGCCUUCCACUACAGGAUGUUUGAUGUUAUGACAAUUUGACAAAGACUUGGCAAAAGACUGAUCAAUUGAAGUAAUUGCUUAUUGGAGUUUUUUGUGCAUGAGUGGGUUUGAUUAGAGUUGUGUUGGGAAUCGAGUACUGACAUUAUUCUGUAAAAUUAAGAUAAUUGGGUGCUUAUUAAGCAAUGAGGUUUAUGAGUAUUGUAGUGUUGUAGGAUUAGAAGUCUUUAUUUUUUGGAUUGCUCUGAAGUUGACUACUUGCAUUUACUUUCCUGAUUGAAGGUGGUAAGAUAGCCACUAAUUGAUAAAUUAGUAAAAUAGGAAAUAUAAAAAAAAAAAUAUUUUUGAAUAUUCAUAUUUUUAUUGAUUAAUUUUUAUUAUUUGGAGGGAAAAAAAAGAAGAUUUUUUUUAGUUUAUAUUAAAAAUUAAAGGGAGGACACUAUAAGCUAUAUAGUCUAAAAUAAAAUAAUUCACAAUAAAGGAAUAUAAAAUAGUUGUUACAAUGGGGAAAAAGGACAUCAAGGCUAUGAAGGUAAUUACACCUGUUGAUAUAAUAUAAAAUAGUAAUCCUUUAGUUAAUGGUAUUGCUAGGUUAUCCGGCAAAUGGAAGAAACGUUGGCCUGACAUUGAACAACCAUGGCCAGUGGAAGGGACUCUUAACCCUGACGUCAUCAACAUCAUGAAAGUGCUUCUGUCAAUUUAUAAAGCAGAUCAAAAGAAAGGGAAAAAAGGGAACAACGUAAAGAAAAGAGACAAAGAGAGCUGGGUGUUCUUAAGCUGUUUGAAGAUGAAGGACAAAAACUGAUGAAAGAUACCAACGAUAAGAGAAACAAAGGUAUAGAGAAAAUGCUAAAGGAAGAGAAGGCGACAGAAAAACUAAUGGCAGAAGUCAGUAUACCUUUCUCACAUACGGAUUUAGCAAAAAGACCCCCACCUUAUGAGAAAGAAGUAGAGCUUAAGGACGUCUAUCCUCAGCUUCCGGUGAUCAUCCAGGAGGGUGAUUAUUGCAUCAGAGAUGAAGAUGAAUGAAUAAUAGAGAGAGGACAAGCAGAAACGAACAUAAAAAUGAAUCCAAAACUCCAGAAGUAAGAAAAAACCGAGAUGUCUGGAAACUAAGAGAAGAAUGAGGUUCGGAAAGAUGAAGACAAAGAUGAAGACUUGGAGAUUAAAGGUGCUUCAUAUUCAAGAGGAUUUUAUCCAACAAUGACUAGCACAGAAGAAAUAGAAAGAGAUAUAGACCGAUGCGUAUCAUGCCUGGAUAAAGCGAAUGAUUUAGGAGAAGUAAAAGAACUGGAGGAACAACUCAAGAAGCUGAAGAUACAGAAGAAGAAACUGCUGAGAAAAGAAUCCCAAGAAUUUGAGAAAAAUAUACAUUGAGGCCAAGGAAAAAGGCCACUAGUAAGAAGAUGAUGGAAGAUGAUAUUUCGAGGACAGAACUUAGAAUAUAACCUUUUGAAGAAUACUGAUAUGUCAACAACAAGAAAGAGCAGGACCAAGAAACUCUCAGAAAACUCAAUCAAAUACAACUGGUGGAGAAUAAGAAGGAGAAGAGAAGCUUUGGUUAUGAAGAAUCAGGGUGAACCAAAUCAACAAUCACUGCUACAGCUUCAACUGAACAAGGUCAAAUGCAAUUGUACCAGCCACAACAAGUGGUACAAGUUGUUUCAUAUCCAUAGAUAGUUUCUGGAGAGAAAGAAUUUCAGAGGAAGAUACAGGAGCAAGUGAAGAUCAUCUGGAGGACAGGUGAACCCUUAAAGGAGCAAGGAUUCUAGAGUGCCUAGAAGAUCCGAAGGGGGGUGUCAGCUGGUAGCACCAAUUAGGAAGGAAAAAUAUCUAACAAUUGAAGUGAAAACAAAGGACUAUGAGAAGUGAAUAGUGGAAAAGCUUUUAUCUGUGUUGAGCCUAAAGAGGUUAAACAUCUCACUAUGUAAAAUUAACUAAUUAGGAUAGGGAUUUGAGGGAGUAAAACAGCUGUUACUCUUAAGGAACCAAUUGAGCUCUGCUAUAAAAAUCAAAGAGAAAUUAAAAUACACAUACUGGUAUCAGAACAUAUACCUAUUGCAUUGUUGGGAAGAGAUGCAUUGUGUAAAUUGAACUGUACAAUAAGAUGUACACUAGACGGCUGUCUGGUAGAAGAUUUUAAAAGAGUAGGGUUUUUGGGAAUCAUAUUUGCUUGAAAAGAAAAUGUCCUCCUUCCUAUGACAAUCUAUUAGACUGCCUAUUAGACAAUCUGUCUGAAAAAUAAAGUUAAAAGGGGUGACUGUUAUUCUUGGUUACAUUCCUACACCAGGAGAUUUCAAACUAGGCUAAAAGAUGUUUAGUCGUUUGCCAAGUCUGUGUGUAAAGAAGUCAGAAGCAGGUGGGGAUUACCCAAUCACAUAUUCUAAAAAUUGGUGGUAAAGGCUUUUGUGAAUAAAUCAGUGGAAAGGUUUUUUAAAAGUUAGGAGAAAAGAUUAGAUUAAAAAAAGUUAUGAGAACUAGGGUUGAAGGAACUCUAGGACAGUAAGCUAAGUUUCAAUGUUAGUAGGAAGAGAGAGUGAAUGUAGUGACACUAGUGGUGAUAGAUGGAAAUACAAGUCAAGAGUUCAAAGCUUUAGGGAGAAUGGAUGAAGUAACAACAAGGACAUCAACACUUCAGCCUAUUAUAUCAACAGUGAGAAGCAAUUUAACUCUUUCAACAUUGAUAGUUAUUAAAGCCAUAAAUAUAUCGCAUUUGAUUACAAGGGAGCAGAUAGCUCCAGCACCAAUUUUAGAGGAAUUUCAUAGUCUGGGAAGCCUAUCAUUGGAGGAUAAGUCUAAGAGAGAAGUGGGGAUUUUUCCAUGGUAUGUUGUAACAUUUUUGGCAGAUCAUAUUGAUAAUAUUACCUAUACCUUGCAGGGUUUGGCAAAUGAAACGAUAAGAGGGUUUAAUCUUCUGUCGAAGAUGUUUUGCUUUUGUACCUUGUUACUGACCUUUGCGAAAGCUAUGAUAUUGAGAUGGGUUGGUGUUGUGAUGCCUGGAGACAACACUCAGAUGCCGUUGUUGACUGUUCCUGAUCUGGAUGAAGAGGGACAAGUGGGACUGGAUGGAGUAUUGAUGGAUAAAUAUCCAUUUUGAUUAUCUUAUCAUUUUUCAAAUGUUUUUCAAUAUUAGUGUGAUUUUAGUAUUUUGUUAUAAUCAAAGGGGGGAAAUAGGAUAAUGUGAUUCAUAUAUCAUUUAUAUAUCAUUUUUUAUAUUCUUAGUUGAUAUUGAUGUUUUAAUUUGAAAGUGUUGUUUUGCAAAAGAUACUGUUUGGUCUUUUCUUUUCUUCCAGAAGCAUUUGGGGGAAUAUGUAGAGAUUGAAAUACUCAAACAAGGACAAUAUGAAGGGACAAUAUGAAAGGAGAAUAUGAAGGGACUGGAGGAGAUGGAACAAGGAAGGUGUGGAAAUGUUCCAAUUCCAUCAUCGAAGAUGCAUUGGAAGUCGAGACUGCUGAGGAGAUGAAGUGUAGUGGACUACAUUCCAGUGUCUGCAAUGAAAUAUAGACAUAUUUGCAUGUGUAAUACAUAAUUUGUGUCAUAUUCUUUCUGUAUUAAUUUUUGUAGAAUGAUAUUUGAUGUUAUUGGAUACAUGUGGGGAUCUUAGAUGUUUUUGUUUAUUUCGUGAAUGCUUAGGGACAUGGAGUCUAGGCAGGGAUAGAGAUAAUCCACCGUGGGGUCCGAUGGGUCGACCAGCCUUAGUGUGGAUAUUUUUUGGAUAGUAUUUUGUUUGCUGGGGCUUUCAUGUGUAUUUAAUUGCAUCAUAGUUUCAAAUGCAUUGAUAAAGAUUUAUGAAUUGAUCUGGAGUACUUAGGUGGUUGCCUGGGGCAGAGGAGCCGUGAGAGAAUUUUACUGUCUUGAUUGAUGGAUGGAUAUUUGGAAAGAAGGCUGCCAGACAGGUUUUUCGCUCUCACACUCCAUAAAGAUUUGUUCAUGUUUCAUAGUAAUGUAUUCACACUUCAUAAAGAUUUGUUCAUGUUUCAUAGUAAUGUAUUCACACUUCAUAAAGAUUUGUUCAUAUUUCAUAGAAAGGUAUUUACACUCCAGAGAAAAGUGUUUUGGGUUUAUUGUUAAAGAUACUCAAUAAGAUAAAUUGUUACUUGUCAUAAUCCUAUUCUUUUUGUUUUUCGAGACUUUUAGUUAGUCUCGAAGGGGGGAAAUAUGUAGUGUAUUAAGAUUAUGACUUUGUUAAUGUUUUCAAGUGGAACCUGAGAGGAUGUUUAUUUAGUUUCAAAGGGAAUUGUUUUAGUGUGACGCCCCAUAGAACAGAGGGAGCCACCCAUAUUUUGGGGAAUAGUAUAAGUACUGGGUUUAAACAAAAAAGAGCAGAGCGGCCAUUGCAAUUUGGGAAACACUGCUCUCCAGAUGCUAUAUACAUCUGUACACUUAUGCUGAAAUCUUGUGAUAUGAAUAAAACUUAUGAUCAAAGUUCAGUAUAAGCGGACUCCUUUGUUUAACAGCAAUAAUUAGCAACAUUGACUCGACACUACAGUUACUUGCUGUUGAGUGACAACUUCAUAUUUAACGUUAGCCUAGUUAGCUAGCUAGUUUCAUUGCACAUAACCUGUUAUGGUGAAAGUAAUGGUAAUCUGCACUCGUUACUGUUUCACCUUGGCACUCCAAUUUGAUAAAGUAUGUGGUAGUCUAGCUACAGAACAUUAACACAACUCCACUUCGCUCAUGUUUUGGUUAAUGUUGUACUUCAUCUUAUGUCUUUUCAGGAUCUACGUGAAGGAGUGUGAGCUGGAGGGGGCAGCUGUCACCUGCAUGGGUGAAAAAGAAGUGGGAGAACCUUAAGCAAAAAUACAUGGUUCGCUACUUUAUGUAAUCUUGACAUUUAUUGGUGUGCUGUACUUGGCUAAUAAAGUUCCCCUUUUCUCAGAGAGCAACAACACUUUCCCAUCUAUACUGAACAAAUAUAUACACAACCAUUGCAAUGAUUUUACUGAGUUACAGUUCAUAUAAGGAAAUCAGUCAAUUGAAAUAAAUUAAUUAGGCCCUAAUCUAUGGAUUUCACAUGACUGGGCAGGGGCGCAGCCAUGGGUGGGCCUGGGAGGGCAUAGGCCCACCCACUUAGGAGCUAGGCCCACCAACUGGGGAGCCAGGCCCAGCCAAUCAGAAUGAGUUUUUCCCCACAAAAGGGCUUUAUUACAGACAGAAUUACUCCUCAGUUUCAUCAGCUGUCCAGGUGUCUUGUCUCAGAUGAUCCCACAGGUGAAUAAGCUGGAUGUGGAGGUCCUGGGCGUGGUACGUACUGCCAAAUUCUCUAAAACGACGUUGGAGGUGGAUUAUGGUAGAGAAAUUAACAUUACAUUCUCUGGCAACAGCACUGGUGGGCAUUCCUGCAGUCAGCAUGCCAAUUGCAUGCUCCCUCAAAACUUAAGACAUCUGUGGCAUUGUGUUGUGAAAAAACAGCACAUUUUAAAGUGGCCUUUUAUUGUCCCAGCACAAGGUGCACCUGUGUAAUGAUCAUGCUGUUUAAUCAGCUUCUUGAUAUGCCACACCUGUUAGGUGGAUGGAUUAUCUUGGCAAAGGAGAAAUGUUCUCUAACAGGGAUGUAAACAAAUGUGUGCACAAAAUUUGAGAGAAACAAGCUUUUUGUGCGUAUGGAACAUUUCUGGGAUCUUUUAUUUCAGCUCAUGAAACAUGGGACCAACACUUUACAUAUUGCGUUUAUGUUUUUGUUAAAUGUUAGAAAGGUGCAAGUAUUCCAGAUAAAUUUACUUAGGAACUACGCACACUUUGGAGAAGUGUGUGGCCACUUGGAGACACCAGUUUGACCUCUCACUAAAACCCUUUUUUGGUCUUAUGUUGCACCUAGCCCAAAUUUCCCAAGUAUAUUUUUAUAAUGUUUCCUGAAUGUAUCCAGAGUAUUUUCAGAUUUCGUUAUAAAACAAAUGCGGCGAAAAGUACAGUAAAUAUAAAAUGCACAUCAAAUCAACAGUGUAAUAUUUGGAUUCAGUCAGGUGAACUUAAGUAUGCUCCCUCUAAUUCUCCCAUCUCUCUCUCUCUCCCCCCUCCUGGAGGACCUGAGCCCUAGGACCAUGCUUCAGGACUACCUGACCUGAUGACUCCUGCCUGCCUGUCCCUGUCCCCAGUCCACCUUGUCAUGCUGCUGCUCCAGUUUCAACUGUUCUGCCUGUGGCUAUGGAACCAUGACCUGUUCACCGGACAUUCUACCUUGUCCCGGACCUGCUGUUUUCGUCCCUAUCUCUCGCUCUCCCUCCCUCUCUCUCUCACCUGCUGUCUUUUCCUCUGAAUGCUCAGCUAUGAAAAGCCAACUGACAAUUUACUCCUAAGGUGCUGACCUGUUGCAGCCUCUACAACAGUGGUCACCAACAUUUUCUGAGUCAAGACCACUUUCGCAGUCAAAAAGCAAGCAGAGAUCUACCGCUCAGAUAUUUCUUUUACAUGACUUACAUUUUUUUUACAGUAACCUAAUAAAACAGUUCUGUACGAAUGAGGUUUGGGCAGUAGGCCUAAUACAUUAUCACAGCAUAUUGACUAUAUGCCUGGCCUGCCAAUAUUGUUAUUCUCAGACCAUUUUAUAUUUAAAAACUUGAGCUUAAAAAAAAUGGUUCAGUUGGUGUAGCACUUGCCAGGCACUGCGGAGCAUAAAUAUAAAUAAUUUGCUUUUUUAUUUUACUGGACUGAUGGUGUGGUACCAGUGGAGGCUGCUGAGGGGAGGAUGGCUCAUUAUAAUAGCUGGAACAGAGCAAAUGGAAUGGCAUCAAACACCAUGUGUUUGAUGUACAGUAUUUGAUACCAUUCCGCUACAGCCAUUACCACGAGCCCAUCCUCCCCAAUUAAGGUGCCACCAACCUCCUGUGUAUGGUACCUGCAUCUGAUGGUCAUGGUGCUUUCAAGACAACUGGGAACUCGAAGAAAAGAAAAAAACAAGGUCAAAUCAUGACGUCAGUGAUCUUCAGGUCGGAAAGUCGGAGCUCUAGAAAGAUGGCCAAGUUUCCUACCUGGAAUUCCGAGUUCGAUGACCGUUCAAAACAAAUUUUCACAGUCUGAUUUCGUUUUUUUCAGAGUUCCCAGUUGUUUUGAACACAGCAUUAGUCUCAGCGGAGGGAGGGAGAGAGCAGCAGAGGGUCCGCCUCUCACGGUCCCUGCUCUCUCCAUAGCCGCAGGAAGUUAUUACACUUUGGAUGGUGUAUCAAUACUCCCAGUCACUACAAAGAUACAGGCGUCCUUCCUAACUCAGUUGCCGGAGAGGAAGGAAACCACUCAGGGAUUUCACCAUGAGGCCAAUAGUGACUUUAAAACAGAGUUUAAUGGCUGUGACAACAACAGUGUAGUUACUCCACAAUACUUGACAGAUGGAAAAGAAAGAAACCUGUACAGAAAACAAAUAUUCCAAAACAUGCAUCCUGCAAAAAAUGUGGCAAAGCAAUUCACUUUUUGUCCUUUCUACAAAGUGUUAUGUUUGGGGCAAAUCCAAUACAACACAUUACGGAGCACGACACUCCAUAUUUUCAAGCAUAGUGGUGGCUGCAUCAUGUUAUGGGUUUGCUUGUAAUCGUUGAGGACUGGGGUGUUUUUCAGGAUAAAAAUGAAAUGCAAUGGAGCUAAGAACAGGCAAAAUCUUAGAGGAAAAUCUGGUUCAGUCUGCUUUCCACCAGACGCUAGGAGAUGAAUUCACCUUUCAGCAGUACAAUAACCUAAAACACAAGGCCAAAUCUACACUGGAGUUGCUUACCAAGAAGACUGAAUUUUCCUGAGUGGCCGAGUUACAAGACCUGAAAGGUCCAAGACCUGAGGUCCAAGACCUGAAAAUGGUUGUCUAGUAAUGAUCAACAACCAAUUUGACAGAGCUUGAAGAAUUUUGAAUAGGAAUAAUGGACAAAUGUUGCACAAUCCAGGUGUGGAAAGCUCCUAAUUACCCAGAAAGACUCACAGCUGUAAUUGCUGGCAAAGGUGCUUCUACAAAGUAUUGUGAAUACUUAAGUAAAUUAGAUAUUUAUGUAUUUCAUUUUCAAUACAUUUGUAAAAAUGACAGACUAAUCUCUUUCAUAAGUUCUUUAAACAAAAAAAAGAAGCUAAUUUACCAACAUUUCAAAAAAUUUAUAUAUAGGGUUUUGGAAUUCAUAUGUUGCUCUAAGAGUUGUGCAAAAUUGGUAGAAUCUUAUUCAAAAUGUUUCACAGCUGUAAUGGCUGCCAAAGGUGCUUCCACCAAAUAUUAGCUCUGGGGUGUGAAGACAUACACAAUCAAUCAUUUUUGUUUUUUACUUUUAUUUAAUUUGGAAAAGUUUAUAUACUUUACAUUGGUAGGAAAAAUAUAAUUUAAUCCAUUUUUAGAUUUCAUUUUGAGGCAGCAAAAUGUGAAGACUGUGCAAGGGGUGUGUAGACUUUCACUAAGCACUGGAUAUAUCUCACAUGCCACACAUAAAACUAUAAUUUGUAUAUUAACCAAGAAAUCAUAAGUCACAAUGCAUUACUGGCAUUAACCAGGCAUAAAGAUGACUUGCGUUACUGGUAUCAUUCUAGGCAUAACGAUCUUAGAGUUACGUUAAGACAAAGCAUGAGAAAAACAGGCCUACUCACUGUAGCCUACAAGAGGAGCAUUUUCAUACAACCGUUUCCGUAGAGUGAUAGCAGGGCAAGAGAUAGCAAAUCACUUUCAUUCCAUUUAUACCAAUCCCUCGUUUGUAUUCAGAAUCAGUUGUUGACCAGCCACAGACCAAAAUUAAUAAAACUAAGAUACCCAAUCAGACCAAACCAGCCAACAUUUUCUAUGAAGGGGUCAUACCAUAGUCUGAUGACCUGAGGGGGUGGACUGAGUACAAAUUACCGCAGAGCUAUAUUAAACAUCAUACAUCCAUUUAGAUGCCUCAGAGAACAACUUUCAGAUAGAUACUAGACAUGGAUGCAAUAGUGUUUUUCUAGCACUCAUUUCAGUCAGUCCUCUAGAUACCGUGAGAGAGAUAUACAUUUUGGCUCCUCCACAGGGGGAAGGGUUGACAGGCCCUUGAUCAUUGUCCUGUCGUGUUUUAGGGGCAAUUCGCCAUGCAGCCCCAGGUGACAGAGAGCACAUAAGUUGGGGGAAGGGCCUACACGACUAAACCACCCUAAGUUUACACCAAUGGGAGAAUUCUGACCGAGUUAAACCCGUGUAAAUUAAACAUAAUUCCCUUUUUAUGCACUUUCUCUACGCAUAUUCUGACCUUGAAUUUAAGCAUGAGAAAGCAUGAUAUUCACCCGCUAUUCAUUUGGGGUGGAGAGCAAAGAAAUUAAGGUGUGGCGGAGGUGUCUACAGAUACUGCAGAUUCUGACCGACUUAAUUCCCUCAUAAUUCCGCCACCUUUACGCGUGAUGAAUACAUUUGGAGACCCAAGCUAGAGGCGUCUGUAGCCAAUGACAGUAUAGCGCCAAACCUACCAAGUUGAUUUAUGUUUUAAUUAAACAGUAUGCCUGGACUUUUUACUGUAUUUAAUAUAAAUUGUAUCGUGUUAAAUAUUAGCCACUAUCGGUAGCCACCAUCAGUUAUACCCACAUACAUUUAUAACUGCCACUUUAGUGUUAGUUUCCUUACAUAUUGCAUCAUUCCAUUACAUCGUUAGUUUAUCUUUCUUUCCUCUGUCACGUUCGUGUGGUUGUUCCUGAGGAUCACUAGCAAUAGUGGAUCAUAUUAGGCUUUCAUUCAAUACGUUUUUUUGGAGGACAGAGGAGCCUCUUAAAGAAGAAGUUACAGGUCUGUGAGAGCCAGAAAUCUUGCUUGUUUGUAGGGGACCAAAUACUUAUUUUCCACCAUUAAUUUGCAAAUAAAUUCAUAAAAAAUCCUACAAUGUGAUUUUCUGGAUUUUUUUUCUCAUUUUGUCUGUCAUAGUUGACGUGUACCUAUGAUGAAAAUUACAGGCCUCUCUCAUCUUUUUAAGUGGGAGAACUUGCACAAUUGGUGGCUGACUAAAUACUUUUUUCCCCCACUGUACCUUAUGAAGGCACUUCUCAGUAGUUGGUAUUCAAAAUUACGUGCGUAACGGGUUUUGCAGGCGUGGUUCCCUUGCAUGCGCUGAAUAAAUCUAAUUCAACUGCUGAAAAACCUCCCACUUGAUUGCUGACAGAUUUUCUCGUGGAGUUUUCAUUCAAUAUGGUUUUCAGUACAUUUAUCUUAAGUCAUCCCUUUAAAUUCGGUGUAUCUUUUAGUUUGAAUUUUGUCGUCAGACUCAACAGAAUAGAGAGAACGGGUUCAGAAUAUUAAGGAUCAAUGAAAGAAAUGAAAGAAAGCCAUCUAAAAACAUGCAUACUCUUCUCUGUUUCAGCAACAAUUGGUAGAUUAAAAAAUACUCUGAUCUUUAAGAUUAUUUAGGAUAAGGAAAGUGUUUAUGAAUCAUUAAAAAUCAUUGGAGAGCCUUUACGCAUGAAAGAAAGAAAACGGUGGUUUGAUUCAUUCAGAAAAUGUAUUCAGUUCUUCAACCCAUGGUAAUGUUGAAAGAUUAGUGUACAUAUAAUUAUAAUAGGGAGAAUAGUGUACAAUAGUAGGCUAUACCCUCGUUUAUUGCCUGUACUAACCAUGGAACUAUGUGAUGACACAGCCAAGUACAGCGCCAUGAGUCAGGUUCAAACUGUUAGCGCUUGGUCUGCACUCCACUCCAUAAUGAUUGAAUUAGCCUAUGUCUUUAAAAAUAUAUAUUAUCAACUGUUACUACUGAUCCUCAGCAACAACCACAUGGUCUUGAUGGUGUUUAAAGAGGAAGCAAAUGAAGAUAAACAAAACAAUAUAAUGAAAGGGAAUGAUAAUGUAGGCUAUACCAACUGAAGGGAACUAAGAGUAAAUUGGCAGGUGAAUACGUGUUAUUAGGCCUACGGACGGUCGAUACUGAUAGUGGCUAAUAUUUAACAUAUUAGAAAUAGGAAACAGAGAAAGCCGAGGUAGCCUAUAAUUAAGACAUGCGAGAGUGCCCAUCCCUGCAAGUUAAAAGGCUGUACAAUUUAAAUUCUGCAUAACGGCACAGCAUUUCAUAAACUUGACUGUGGGAAAGUUGAUAUGCUUCAGUUUGCUGCUAUAUGACUCGUUUCACAUUUGUCUCCAGCGAUAAGGUAUAAUAUAUCUAAAAAGUUAAAUUUUUUUUACAAUUUAUCCAAAGAGAUUACUCAUUUAUAGCGCUUAUCAAGUUGUAAAUUACAGUGCAUGGAGAAUGGUGUUAGUUCUAUCAGAAAAAAUUAAGUAGAGGCUUUUUCCACGUUGGUUCGCUAGACCUGGUGGCAUUAGGGAAUUAAGUCAAGGUCAGAAUAUGGGGUAUCUGUGGACACAUCUCUGCACACUUUCAUUUAUUGGAUCUCCACCCGAAACGAAUAGCACGCUAUUCUCAUGCUUAAGUUAAAAGGUCAGAAUACGUUCCAUUUACACACGCAUAACUCUGGUCGAAAUCAAGCCCCAAGAGCACAGGGAGCUCUAAAUAAACUCAGAACAUAAACACAGGUUCUUUGAGAUUGGGCUUGAGUGGAAAUACAUGAAAGGAAGUUCAGAGGUAGGUCACAGUCCACAAAUUAAAUGUAUUUUUCUCCCAACCAAAUCCACUGGUCUCAUCAAAAUACUAUAGUUAACAUUAGCAGAGCUACGCUAUAUAUACAAAAGUAUAUGGCCCUUCUAAUUAGUGGAUUCAGCCAUUUCAGCCACAUCCGUUGCUGACAGGUGUAUAAAAUCGAGCACAGCCAUGCAAUCUCCAUAGACAAACAUUGGCAGUAGAAUGGCCUUACUGAGGAUGCCACCGUUCCAACAAGUUAUUUCGUCAAAUUUCUGCCCUUGUCAACUAUAAGUGCUGUUAUUGUGAAGUGGAAACGUCUAGGAGCAACAACGGCUCAGCCGCGAAGUGGUAGGCCACAAAAACUCAGAACGGGACCGCCGAGUGCUGAAGCGCGUAAAAAUCGUCUGUCCUCAGUUGCAACACUCACUACCGAGUUCCAAACUGCCUCUGAAAGCACUCUGGAAGCACAAUAACUGUUUGUCGGGAGCAUCAUUAAAUGGGUUUCCAUGGCCAAGCAGCCGCACACAAGCCUAAGAUCACCAUGCGCAAUGCCAAGCGUCGGCUGGAGUGGUGUAAAGCUCGCCGCUAUUGGACUCUGGGUUUGGUGGAUGCCAGGAGAACGCUACCUGCCCGAAUGCAUAGUGCCAACUGUAAAGUUUGGUGGAGGAGGAAUAAUGGUCUGGUGGUGUUUUUCAUGGUUCGGGCUAGGCCCCAGUGAAGGGAAAUCUUAACGCUACAGUAUACAAUGACAUUCUAGAUGAUCCUGUGUUUCCAACUUUGUGGCAACAGCUUCGGGAAGGCCCUUUCCUGUUUCAGUAUGACAAUGCCCCUGUGCACAAAGCGAGGACCAUACAGAAAUGGUUUGUGGAGAUUUGUGUGGAAGAACUUAACUGGCCUGCACAGAGCACUGACCUCAACCCUAUCGAACACCUUUGGGAUGAAUUGGAAAGCCAACUGCGAGCCAGGCCUAAUCACCAAACACCAGUACCUGACCUCACUUAUACUCUUGUGGUUGAAUGGAAGAAAGUCCCUGCAGCAAUGUUCCAACAUCUGGUGGAAAGCCUUCCCAGAAGAGUGGAGGCAGUUAAUGCAGUAAAGGGGGACCAACUCCAUAUUAAUGCCCAUGAUUUUGGAAUGAGAUGUAGUGGGAGGAAGUCACAAAACAAUUGAUAAACAACUAAACAAAUCAAAAACAGGUUUCAGUGCAGGAAAGCAGUCCUACUUUAACUUUGGCCAUCAAAUCAUACUUCUCUUAGAAAAAACCAAUACUCCCAAAACACGGUCUGCCACCACUUCCCUCUCACUUGCACCUUUCCCUGGGCCACACCUCAAACAACAGAAAGAAGGGUUUCAAAGGACAGGGAAAAACAGGGAGCCAAUCACAGGUCUCAAUUAAUCAAUCAAUUAACAAACAUAUUGAUAUAUUGUCAUGCUAUUUAUCCUCAACAAAAUGUAGAACAGUUCCACUUCCGACACUAGGCCGCGUUUACACAGGCAGCCCAAUUCUGAUCUUUUGCCCAAUUGUUGUCAAAAGAGCUGAUCUGAUAAGGCAAAAGACCAAUAAGUGUAAAAAGAUCAGAAUUGGGCUGCCUGUGUAAAUGCAGCCAAUGAGUACUGAUGGAGUGAGAGAGUGAUGGAGGCCCAUUGAUGUUUUGUGGUGAGGAAGUUUCCCUGCCAUUCAUUCACCUCCUACAUAUGGACUCUUCAAUGAUCCAUUAUCAUCACAUACCAUGACAUCCUAGCAUAAAUACCAGCCAAUCAUCAGCUCAUUUCCUGCGACACGUUCCAUUCCAAAGACUACUAACGAAAAUGUGCACUUAGUAAAUGGUCCCCCGAUGCAUUCUGGCUAAAGUAUUAUGAGUAAUCUUGUACACCCUGUAGAGCUGCUCUACUAAAAAUCAUAAAAGCUACUUUGCUCUUCAUGGCCACCGUACUAGCCUACCAUGUAGGGCUGCAUAAAAUGACAUAGCAGCCUCAAACUGGACAGCUUCAACUCCCCAGUCUGGUCAUUAGUUUUGGGAAACUUCAAAAGGGACCAGUUGAAAAUAGUCCCCUUCUCCCUUUGGAGAAGGAUCUGACUGGCGGAGCCAGCACCAUAUGUCAUCCUCACACAACUAAGACUUCAAUCAGUCACAUGGAUCUAAAGAUCAUCAUAUGGCCUAUAUUUGAUCCUCUCUGCAAUGUUUUUGUAUAUUGCAUGCCUUCCAGGUUUAGUAUUUGACAAGCAUAUGAUUGUUCGAACUUGAAAUUGAUAUCAAGACUGCAAAGGUGAAACAGAGUUCCCAAUGACUUCCAGUCAGCUAUAGAGACCACACUCUCACUGUCUCCCUGUACUGUGUGAAUCCAGUUUAUUGAGUUAGCCAUGUAAUGUGACCCCAGGCAUACCUGACCCGUCAACCUUGACUCAGGGGUAGACGUAAAAUAGUAAAAGUAAAUCUGUUUCCCUCCAUUUACAUUGAACAAAAAUAUAAACGCAACAUGCAACAAUUUCUAAGAUUUUACUGAGUUACAGUUCAUAUAAGGAAAUCAGUCAAUUUAAAUAAAUAAAUUAGGCCCUAAUCUACAUAUUUCACAUGACUGGGAAUACAGAUAUGCUUCUGUUGGUCACAUAUACCUUAAAAAAAAGCCCCUUCGCAUAGAGUUGAUCAGGCUGUUGAUUGUGGCCUGUGGAAUGUUGUCCCACUUCUCUUCAAUGGCUGUGCGAAGUUGCUGGAUAUUGGCGGAAACUGGAACACGCUGUCGCACAUAUCAAUCCAGAGCAUCCCAAACUGAAUGGGUGACAUGUCUGGUGAGUAUGCAGGCCAUGGAAGAACUGGGAAAUGUUCAGCUUCCAGGAAUUGUGUACAGAUCCUAGCGACAUGGGGAUGUGCAUUAUCAUGCUGAAACAUGAGGAUGAUGGAGGUGGCUGAAUGGCACGACAAUGGGCCUUAGGAUCUCGUCACGGUAUCUCUGUGCAUUCAAAUUGCCAUCGAUAAAAUGCAAUUGUGUUCGUAGUCCGUAGCUUAUGCCUGCCCAUACCAUAACCCCACAGCCACCAUGGGGCACUCUGUACACGCUGUCUGCCAUCUGCCCGGUACAGUUGAAACCUGGAUUCAUCCGUGAAGAGCACACUUCUCCAGCGUGCCAGUGGCCAUAGACAGUGUACAGUCAGUAAGCACUUACACCGGCGGGCCCCGGUGGCAAUAAAUUAGUAAAACCAAAGGCUUACCUACCUUGACUUGGAAGAGUUCCAGUGUUGUGUUGGAUAGUGAUAGCCAGCUAGCUAACAUAGCAUCCCUCUAUUUGAGCAGGGUGUUUCACUAGGCUAAACUAGCUAUCUGCAUUUGCUAGCUAAGUAAGUGAAACUGAAAGUGAAAAAAAUGACUAAAUCUCUCUCUCUCUCUCUAUUUCUCUCUUGCUUCUUUAUUUUGUAAUACAUUAAUUUGUUCAAAACUGUUCAACUAUUGUCUUUCUCUCUCUUUGAGUCAACUACUCACCACAUUUUAUGCACUGCAGUGCUAGCUAGCUGUAGCUUAUGCUUUCAGUACUAGAUCAAUUCUCUGAUCCUUUGAUUGGGUGGACAACAUGACUAUUCUUUCUCAUCUGACUCCCCUGCCAGCCUGGACCUGAUCCCUUCCCCCAAAUCCCUUCCUCUCAUUUCUCACUGGGUGAGUGGGAGUCAUCGUUGUGAACUCAUAGCCUCCAUAUCUGCAGGGAAACUUGAAGCCUGCGAAGAACUAAAAGGUCCCAAAAGCUGUAAUGCACAGCCUCAGCCAGCCGUGUCAGAGGACAUAUACUGUUGGUGUACAUUUUAUUCAAUCUCUGUCCGCACUAAAAGCCCUACAGUAUGUAAACAAAGAUGUAACAACAAAGUUGUCUCCUCUGUCCUAUAUUUCUGUAAGUAAUAUACACAGAAAUGUACCUAAAAUAUUAUCUCUCUGGUGUUGUUUUUGUUUAAUAUAUCAAGGAUGAAUUUCAUGUUUUACCAUCCAUUAAGGCAAAAACCCACAAUUCCCCUAAAAAUUAGUAUCCACGAUUCCCCUAAAAAUUCCUGAGUGUGUACCUAGCUCAGUUGGAAGGUAGGCCUUAGGGAAAGUGACCCACUUCAGCUGCUGUAGUGAGUAGUGUAGAAUCACGUUGACUAUCUGGGCUCAUCACUAAAUACAUUAGAGCACAGCAGUCAGAGCAGUAGCAUCCAAUCUUAGGCAGGAUGUAAAAAGUGCUAUUUUUAGGCAGGCAAUAACCACAAUCGGGCCGAGUAUAUGUACUGUAAGUUGAUUCCCUUAAAUUUUUUUCCCCGUUUGAGGGAUAUAACAUCUUCAUGGCCCUUAUUUAGUUUUCUGUAUAUAUUUGCAUCAGAUUGUUGACAAUAUACUUUCAUUUAGUCAAUCACGCCUUCAGGCAGGGUUUUUAUAUACUGAGUGUACAAAACAUUAGGAACACCUGCUCUUUCCCUGCUCUUUCCCUGACAUAGACUGACCAGGUGAAAGCUAUGAUCCCUUAUUGAUGUCACCUGUUAAAUCCACUUCAAUCAGUGUAGACAAAGGGGAGGAGUCAGUUUAAAGAAGGAUUUUUAAGCCUCGAGACAUAGAUUGUUUAUGUGUGCCAUUCAGAGGGUGAAUGGGAAAGAGAAAAAAUGUAAGUGCCUUUGAACAGAGUAUUGUAAUAGGUGGCAGGCACGCUGGUUUGAGUGUGUCAAGAACCGCAAUGCUUCUGGGUUUUUCCAUGCUCAACAGUUUCCCUUGUGUAUCAAGAAUGGUCCACCACCCAAAGGACAUCCAGCCAACUUGACCCAACUGUGGGAAGCUUUGGAGUCAACAUGGGCCAGCAUCUCUGUGGAAUGCUUUUGACACCUUUUAGAGUCCAACCACCGACGAGUUGAGGCUCUUCUGAGGGCAAAAGGGGAUGUAAUUCAAUAUUAGGAAGGUGUUCCUAAUGUUUUGUACACUGUAUUUAGGAUGACAUGUUUUGUUACUGGCUCAUGCACUUAUUGGUUCACGGUUGUAGUGGAACUAAUCUAGGUUGAAGUUAAGACGAGGAUUCUAAUAUCCCAUAACUCUUUACAUAAAGGAGAAAAACUCUAAACAAUGUGACCAGCAAUGCUAGAUAGCAACGGUGCUGGUCCCAUGAAUCUGUUUAUUUUUAAAAGCUUCCUCAUCAGCCUGGCCUCAACCUUAACCCCUAACCCUAACCUUAAUGUAGGCUACACUGUCUGUAAUUUUUGCCUCAAUAUAUUUCAUGAGGUGUAACAAUGUGCGCAAUGAUGUGCCAAAUGAAAUUGUGAUUGAGUGCAUUACUAUAGGGUAAGCAUUAGAAUAAGCUGCCUCUAUAUUUGCUGCCAUUAGGUGAUAAUAUCGCUUUAGGAGCUGAUCCAUCGUCAGUAUUGUGGAAUAAUUAUAAUGUUAUAAAGUUAAGAUUUGAAUGGAGAAAGCUGAUCAGAGAGCAGUGCAGCCUUUCUUUUGAUCCUAUCAGUAUCAACACAUGCUCCAAUGAUGCACUUAGCGGUGUUUUGGUAAAUGUCCGUUGUAGGAGUCCGUUGUACAUCUUCGUCCGUUGUAGGAAAGCUGCACCUUUUAAAACACUUGUAAGCCUAAGUUCCAUCACCAUCGGGAAAGCAGGCCCAGGACAUACAUUUUUACCAACACAUGGCUCACCUUUGUUUAACCAGAAAAUGCAAAAUUUCCGUUAGGGCAGGUCACAUAUUGCCUUGGAAAUUAGCCUGGGUAAUGAUCAAUGAUUACAUUUUAAAAGCCAGUCUUCCCCUCAUCAUUAUGGGUUGUAAAGCCAAUUGCAGUGGGGAGAAGAAUUACACUGUAUUCUUGCUUCAGAUGCAAAAUGUCACUUCACAUGAUUGCAAGGAAAAACAUUUUUAUUUGAUGUUUUCAAGGAAACCAAAUCACCUCUAUUGAUGCCAUUUACAAAUAGAAUUUGUCGUUGAAAUUUACUGUGCAAAGACCUACAUUGGAACAACAUGCUAGUUUCUCAGAAGUCCAACUGACAUCUAUUGCAUUCUCCCCUUUUAGAAAAACAAUUUUCUCUCCUAAAAACAAUUCCUUUCUUAGCAGUCUCUUUUGAUUGAGACACAAAUGUCACGGAUGAGUGGUAGAAAUCUAAUCUUUCAGACGACAGCACUAAAGGAACAAAGGGAGAAUAUUGAUCGUAUCAACCCUUUGUCACAGAGUAGGAAGAGAUACCUGAGGAACAGUUGUGACAGUGCCCCAUAGACUACCCAGAGGGCAUAGCCAUGACAGACUCAUCUCACUUCGUCCAUGGGGAUGUGAUAAAGUCCCUCUCUCAACGUCAAAUUGACAUUUGUCUGUAGGAGCUCUCUGUCAUGUCCAAGGUACUGACACUGACUGGACCAUAGAGAUCCUAUUAAAUUGCUAGAGAGGCUAUGUCAUGAACCCUCCAUAAUGGGGCGAAAAUGGCAGCCAUCUUGGUCAGGGAGAAAUCAAAAACCAGUCUAAUUGGAAUGAAUGGCAGUAGAGGUAUAAGUGAUGCAUUUCCUGCUUUUAAUUAUGCAGGAAAAUAAAAGUAAGGCAUGUGAUGUAUCAGAAAUGGAAUUAUAAUUAAUGUAAAAUAUUGUCAUAUAAUUAUAAAUACAGUUUCUACAGGUUUUAUAAAAAAUUCUGUAUAAAUAGCCUCUAAAAUGUACAGUGCCUUCAGAAGGUAUUCACACCCCUUGACUUUUUCCAUGUUGUGUUAAAAAGUGGGAUUAAAAUUGAUUUAAUUGUCAUUUUUGACAACAAUCAACACAAAAUACUCUGAGUCAGCAAUAAUUAAAAUACCCCUGUUGAUGUUACAUUGUGUAGCCAGUAGUGAGACGGAACUCUCGACUAGCGAGCUUGUGGUUCUGCCACGGACGACAAGGAAGGGUGCACACUCCUUGUCCAUACCCGUGGGCUGUGGUAGUUCGUCAAACGUUUGCAAUGUCUUCGACGCUGUUUUUGGGAGAUGUGGCUUGGAAGCCAGUUGUGAUUGGAUGAGACGGGUAUAGCUCACUCAUUUUAAAGAGCGCUUUGGAGAAGCCUUAUUGCUGCUCUUACUGUAGUAUUAGUUUGUGUCCCUUACGCUAGGCAGGUAGGGUUCAGUAUUCUGUCUAGUCCGCCGUAGCAAAUUAGCUGGUAUUUCAGGCAAAAGAUUUGGGGUUGCCUUGGCAGGUGGACUAGUAUUUUUUAAAUUAAUGUUAAAUGUUUGUCUACCUGUUUAUUUUGUCACCACUUCCCCAGAGACCUUCACGACGGGCUGUUCUUAGGAGGGAACUAUUUUGUUAAAGAGCAGGCAAGUCUUAUUAAUCCACGUGUGCUUCCGCAUGGUAAUUAUUAAUUACAAGGACCUCCCCUCGUGUAACAAAAAGGUGGCAUAAUACAGUUUAUAUUUAGCGUAGCUGGCAGCGAUUCUUUUUAUGUGUCAAGGUGAAUUAAGUAAGAGCAAUAAUACUGUGGGAAGUGGUCAACUCUUUUUGUUUAAAAUAAUUUAGUAAUUGUGUAAGGGACAGUAAGAGCAGCGGUGGGCCACCACGACUGCAGCUGAGUAGAUCCAGUGCCAUGUCUAUUCUCUUCUGCCCAAGUCUAAUCUUCAGGGAAGUACCAUGAAGCCUAUAAGAGAGAAAUACAGCACUUUGUUUGCUAAGACUGAAACUGAUGUUGUGUGCACUAAUCUGAUCGCCCAUGAGAUUCCCCUGCUGGAUGACACUCCAGUACGGCAGCCCUACUGCCGUAUCCACCCCAGUAUGAGUUGGUUAGGGCCCACAUCAAACAGUUAUUGGAGAGUCAGAUCAUCAGGGAGAGUAACAACUUGUCUCCCAUCAUACUGGUGCUGAAGAAAGAUGGAAGUAUAAGGAUGUAUGUUGACUAUAGACAACUAAAUGGAAAGACAAGGAAAGAUACCUUUCCCCUGCCAAGAAUUGAAGAGUUGUUGGAUGCCCUCACUGGGGCUGAGUGGUUCUCAACUCUUAAUUUGGCAAUUGGAUAUAGCCAGGUAGAGAUGGCUGAAAAGGACAAGGCCAAGACUAACUUUGCACACAAUUUGGCCUAUUGGAAUUGAAUCGGAUGCCGUUUGGAUUAUGCAAAUACAUUCCAGCGCUUCAUGCAGCACAGAGACUGUCACUUCCAACCUGUUCUUUUGUAUCUUGAUGAUGUGAUUGUGUUUUUGUCCUCAGUCCAGCAACACCUUGAGAGGUUGGAGGAGGUGUUCUCCCGGUUGCACCAGCAAGGAAUGAAGAUUAAACUGUCAAAGUGUCAUUUCUUUCAGAAGCGGGUGAAGUACCUCGGUCAUGACGUCUCAACAGAAGGUGUUGGCACUGACCUGGACAAAGUUGCAGCCAUGAGAGAAUAGAGGGUUCCUACCAACCUGGCCGGUCGCCACUCUUUUCUGGGGUUUGCCAGUUACUACCGGAGGUUCAUAGCAGGUUUCGCCAAGAUGGCAGCACCCCUCUACCGAGUGGUGGCCCAGCUGAACCCCCAGGUAAAAAGGGAAAGACCCAUUGGAAACCACUGGCAGAAGCUUGGACAACAGAAUGCGAGACAUGUUUCCAUCAGCUCAGACGAGCUUUGAUCUCAGCACCUAUUCUAGAGUAUGCUGACUUCCAGAAGCCUUUUGUAUUAGAGAUUGAUGCUAGCCAAGGGGGGUUAGGGACAUGCUCUCUCAAGAGCAGGGGGAGGCUCAGGCCUAUUGCCUUUGCUAGUAGAGGGCUCAAACCACUGAGAGGAACAUGGAGAACAAUAGCUCCAUGAAGCUUGAGUUCCUUGCUAGGGGCCCCUUGUAUAGUAUUUACUAAUAACAACCCGUUGUGUCAUCUGAACAAGGCAAAACUAGGUGCAAAUGAUCCUCCCAGCUGGCCUCUUAUCGCCCUGGAUCUAGGAAUGGGAAUGCUGAUGCGCUGUCCCGCCAGUAUGUGAAGCUAGGCGAACCAGAGGAAGAGGUGUUGAGUGUAAAGGAUGAGCUGGUGAGAAAUGUGUUCAAUGUGAAAUUGCUGUUCUCCCUGGUUGUUUGCAGGCAGACUUCACUAUUUUGCAGAGGCGGGAUCCAGUCAAUGGACAAUUCCUGACAUACUGGAAGGAUGCCAGAACUCCAGGCCCAACAGAGAGAGAGAAAUUGAGUGGAGGUACAAAUGAGCUUGUUCAUCAGUGUGAGCGACUGAAAGAGGGAGUCUAUGUUGUACCGAUGAAUCUAUGCCUCUGAUGGAGGUAAGGAGUCUUAUCAGCUCGUACUGCCACAGUGUCUCCAGAGGAAUAUCCUUGCCAGUCUUCACGACAAUCAUGGGCACCAAGUGAUGGAGAGCACUUUGCAAUUGGUACGGUCACACUGUUACUGGCCAAGCGUAUCUAAGGACCGGGAGAAAUGGUGCGGAGAGUGUAGAGUUGUCUUCUAGCUAAAGCGUUUCAGCCAAAGGUCAAACCCUUUAUGGGCAACCUCCAGGCCUCCCGCCCCCAUGGUCCUGACUAUAGAUUUCACUGUGCUAGAGCCAGCUAGUGAUGGAAGAGAGAAUGUUCUUGUGUUAAGGGAUGUGUUUCCACGUACACACAGGCAACCCCUACCAAGGAUCAGCGGGCUAGCACGGUUGCUGAGGUUUUGGUGAAGCACUGGUUCCAUCAGUUCAGCUCGCACAGUUAGAUCCAUUCGGACCAAGGGCAAAAUGUUUAGAGCAACUUGAUCCAGCAACUGCGCAAGCUCUACACGAUGCAGAAAAGUCACAACCCCAUACCACCCCCAGGGCAACGGUUAGUGUGAGCGCUUCAACCGAACCCUUUAUGACCUGCUGCGCACAUUGCCCCCCAAUCAGAAGAGGCGCUGGCCUCGCCACCUCCAUCAGGUAACCUAUGCGUACAACACCACUGUUCAUCAGUCUACUGGUAUUACUCCCUACUAUCUGAUGUUUGGGCGGGAGCCCCGUCUGCCUGUUGACUUUUUUGCUAGGUGUGGACACAGAGGAUUCUGGAGAGGGCAAUGUGGAGGAGUCCUUAGGCAAAGCAUAUGACCAUGUGCAGCAGGUAAGCAACUUACCAUUGCGGGAAGGAGAACUGGUCUACACCAGAAAGCAUUCGGUCAGAGGUCGCAAUAAGAUCUAGGAUGCCUGGAACCCCACACUCUAACUGGUUGUGCUGGAGUGGUUUAUUCCAUUGCUCCAGUUGAGCGGUAAGGGCCGGUAUGGCAAGUGCACUGCACAGAGUUGAAGUGCCCGGCUGGUGCUCUGCCAGAAAAACUAAGCCUUGAGGACUGUGAAUCAGCUGAUGAGGUGAGCAAAGACGCUAUUGAUGACGGUGAUGAUCUUGAACCCACAGGAAUGUUAUGAGCGCCUUGACGAGGAAGAUGUGAUCCGGGUGGAACUGUAGCAGGGAACCCCUGGACUGGGAAUGGAUGGGGUCGUAGAGGACGGUGUAUCUGAAGCGGAGUCUGAAGAGGCUCCUGAUGUUGAAGGCCCUCGAAGAUCAGCCACUGAUCAGCCAACAUUCUAAUCCCCACUGAAAAGAGGAGCGACCCAGGGAUGUGUGUGCUUUGGGGACCUUUAACAGAAUGCGACUGACAGAAGGGGUGCUGUAUGUGGAUGAUGAGGGGUGCAGUAGGUAUCUCAGAUAGGGGGGAGUGAGGCCUAAGAGUGUUUUAUAAAUGAGCAUCAACCAGUGGGUUUUACGCUGGGUAUACAGAGAUGGGCAGUUUACAGAGGAGUAUAGAGUGCAGUGAUGUGUCCUACAAGGAGCAUUGGUGGCAAAUCUGAUGGCCGAAUGGUAAAGAACAUCUAGCUGCUCGAGAGCACCCUUACCUGCUGCUCUAUAAAUUAUGUCUACGAAAUAUAGCAUGGGUAGGAUGGUCAUCUGAAUCUGGGUUAGUUUGGCAGCUGGGGUUAAAGAGGAGCGAUUACGAUAGAGGAAACCAAGUCUAGAUUUAACCUUAGCCUGGAGCUUGGAUAUGUGCUGAGAGAAGGACAGUGACCUGUCUAGCCAUACUCCCACGUACUUGUAUGAGGUGACUUCCUCAAGCUCUAAACCAGCGGUCACCAACCGGUCGAUCGCGAUUGACUGGUCAAUCUUCAAGGCAUUCCUAGUUGAUCACCAAACAUUUCUGUAAAAAAGCCAAUGAUAAAGGCUUGGUAGAGAUGUUGCGCUGUUGGCGUAGGUGCACUUGAUUCAGAGGCCCUGCUCACCGGGUAGGCAAGGUGUUCCCAUUUUGAACCAUUUCAUUUGUCUGAAAAGACAAACUCCGCCUACCUGGUGAACCUUUAGAUCUGUUGCUAAAUCGAGUGUGCCUACUGCGCUGGCCAAUCUGAUAGCUCAAAUCACAGUGCCUACAAGUUUGAUACUAGCCUACGUGAGAUUUCAUAACUUUUAAAACCAUGACCAGAGAGAGACUGUCAAAGAAUACAGCAAAGAGUUGCUGUUUUUAUCAGUGAGUUCAUGUUGAAUUUUUUCUUCAGCACUGUCAACACUGUUUUUAUUAAACAUUAUUACAAAACAUAAAAUGCCUUCUCCCUACUCCCACUCGCAGCUGCAAUGAAUGAGUAGCCAAGUGUAUCGAUAGCCCUGCAUUUGUAUUAUUAUUAGCAGCUCGUCGUGUCUAUUUUAAUAUCAAUGAAUAUUUCACUUUCUCUGGUCAUAGGAACAACAUGAAUUUGUGCUUGAAGCAGAUGCGGUGUGACUCGAGUUUCACCCUUAGGUUGAAGGCUGUAUUAAGGUAUCUAUACUUUCACUCUCUGGUGAUUUUCACUGGAGGAAAGGAAGGAGAGAGCAGGUACUGCGAGAGGCUGACCCUCUGCUGCUCUCUCCAUACGCUGAGACUAAUGCCGUGUUCAAAACAACUCUGAACUUGGACAGCUCCGACUUCAGUGCGUUCAAGACAACUAGGAACUCUGAAAAAACUGGAUCCGACUGGGGAAAAAUAGUUUUGAACGGUCAUCCAACUCGGAAUUCCAAGUUGGAAAAUCUGGCAUCUUUCUAGAGCCCCGACUUUCCGACCUGAAUAUCACUAUAGUGAUUUUACCUAGUUUUUUUUCCCCAGAGUUCCCAGUUGUCUUGAAAGCACCAUGACCAUCAGAUGCAGGUAGCCUACCAUCAGUCCAGUAAAAUAAAAAAUACAAGUAUUUGCAAAUUAUUUCAAUUUAUACUGAGCUGUGCCUCGCAAGUGCUACACCAACUGAUCCAGGGCCUAAAACGGAAGAUUUUGGAAUUGUUGGGUAAAAUGUAUAUUUCACCAGCCACGUUGGCAGGUGGUCAGGGUUCCACAGUGCAAGUAUUUCACUCGUAUUUGCGAAUAAAAAUAGUUCGAAGUCAUGUAUGAGCAGUGGUGGAAAAAGUACCCAAUUGUGAUACUUAAGUAAAAAUAUAGAUACCUUAAUAGAAAGUUACUCAAGUAAAAGUUAGUCACCCAGUAAAAUACUACUUCAGUAAAAGUCUAAAAGUAUUUGGUUCUAAAUAUACUUAAGUAUCAAAAGUAAAUGUAAUUGCUAAAAUAUACUUAUGUAUCAAAAGUAAAAGUAUAAAUAAAUCACUUAAAAUUCCUUAUAUUAAGCAAAGCAGACGGCCCCAUUUUAUUGUUUUUAAAAUAUACGUAUAGCCAGGGGCACACUCCAACACUCAGACAUAAUUUACAAAUUAUGCAUUUGUGUUUAGUGAGUCCGCCAGAUCAGAGGCAGUAGGGAUGACCUUGAUAAGUGCAUGAAUUGGACCAUUUUCCUGUUGUGCUAAGCAUUCAAAAUGUAACGAGUACUUUUGGGUGUCAGGGAAAAUGUAUGGAGUAAAAAGUACAUUAUUUCUUUAGGAAUGUAGUGAAGUAAAAGUAGUCAAAAAAUAAUAGUAAAGUACAGAUACCCAAAAAAACGACUUAAGUAGUACUUUAAAGUAUUUUUACUUAACUACUUUACACCACAUUUAUAGCAAAAUAAAUUAUGCAGUAGCUUUUUUCUAAGUGUUUCUGUAUUUUUGUUUCAUAGCUGGUAGCUAAUCACACAAAGACCUACGAAUCCUAUAUAUCCCACCUGACACGACGUGCAUCAACACUGCCUGGCUGGGGAGCUGUGCUCACUGUGGUUGAAGUGAAGAUACAUUUUUAGAAGCACUGCGCACAGGCAUAACAUUUGGUCUAAGUUACUUGAAAGUCUACUAAAGUGAACCUUUGUCUUUGUCAUGGCUAUUUACAUUGGUUUGUUCACAAGCUAGGUUGUUUUUCAAUGUUUGAAUGUAUGCUUCAGCGAAGACACAUCGGCUACUAGUCAAAUUCUCAUAUCGCACAGGCAGGCACACUGUAACUGAUGACUCCAGUGGCUCAAGUGCCCUCGUUGCCACGGUAAAGGGGCAGCUGAACGUUUGUGGCCUUUUAUUGUCCCCAGCACAAGGUGCACCUGUGUAAUGAUCAUGCUGUUUAAUCAGCUUCUUGAUAUGCCACACCUGUUAAGUGGAUAGAUUAUCUUGGCAAAUGAGAAAUGCUCACUAACAGGGAUGUAAACAAAUUUUUGCACAAAAUUGGAAAGAAAUAAGCUUUUUGUGUGUAUGUAAAAUUUCUGGGACCAAUUUACAGAGGCCAGGUCAUGAAGGAACGCUUGCUCAAUAAAGUUUUUCAGCAAGCGUCUGUUACAAAUCAGGACAGGUCGCUUAACUGAGCAGCCAUUGUGAACACAGGCUGUAAAAUAGUGAUCACUAAGGUCAUUACAGAAAACACCAGACUGAUACCUGUCAGGAUUAUUUGUGAGGAUAACAUUAAGGAGAGUAGCCUUUUCUGGGUGUUUGGGGUCAUACCUUGUAGGAUUGGUAAUGAUCUGAAAGAGAUUUAGGGAGUCCCAUUGUUUUAAGACUUGGUCAGGUGGUUUAAGCAUGUUCCAGACAAAUUCAGACAGUGUAAGAGUCCAGGAGAGAGCUUAGUGCAGGUAGGGUACAGGCCGGUGCUGAUGGUGGACGAUAACACCCAGCAACAGUCAACAAAGAGCUAUUUGAAAACGUAAUGCUUAAAACCAGCAAAUCAAAUUGUUUGGGGACAGACUUGGUGAAGACAACCGAGCACUGAAGGUGUUCCUUGGUAAAGAUUACCACUCCACCACUUUUGGAAGAUCUGUCUUGUCGAAAACGUUUAUAACCAGAGAGGUUAACAUCAGUGUUCAGAACACUCUUUCUUAACCAUGUCUCAGUAAUGACCAACAAACACAUCUGGAUUGGAGCUGUGAACCCACACUUUCAAUGUAUCCAUUUUAGGUAAUAAGCUUCUAGUGUUAAAGUGCAGAAAACCCAGACUUUUUAGAGAGAGCAGAAAUCAGUGAAGCAGAAAUCAUCAGAUCACAAGUCAGAAUUGGGGCUAGCAACAGUAGACGGGCCAGGAUGUACAAGCACAUUUCCAGAUUUUUAUGACAUUUGAAUGUGCAUCAGAUGGCAUCAAGAUCAUAUUGUACAGCAAUUUCAUCAUAUAAGAUGAAUACAAAGCUGGCGAGAGAGGGUUAUAAUAGGAUGGGAAGCCAAGAGUCUGUGUAACCAAUAGAGAGUCAGAGUCGGGAGUGUGGGAACAAACAUCGUCUGUCACACGGUUGGGUAAACGAGUAAGUUCAUAGUCAACAAAGCACGCAGGAGUCUAGGAGCAAAUAGCCCAAAGCACAAGAAAAAAGUAAAACGGCUCGGGGCUAGCCAUUGUAAGUUCAAAGAGUCACAAAAUAACCUGAGAGAGUAGCUCUCUAUAAGUCCAGUAGGCUAUAGAAGUCUGAGACAAAAUAAAUAGGAGGCCUAUGCUAGUUUAAUUAAAAGUGUUUCUGAUUAAAGCUCACAUAAUACGAUUUACAAGUUAAUUAGCCUACAUAAAAAUUCAAAUCAGUCCAAAGUCUGCGGUGUGUGUGUGUGUGUGUGCAUGUGUGCUGGAGGCGAGCGAACGCUCAGGAGAGAGGGGGGGAGUGUGGCGGAAAUACUUGUACCAGACAGGGGGAGACAGGGAGCAGAUAGCCGGGUGGGAUCCAAGCAGCAGUGCAACGGGAGUAGGCAUCACAGCAGUUUGGGAAAAUAUUUUUCUGGGAGGCUAAGUAGGAGAGAAUAAAGACUGUCAAUAGAAGAAGAGAAAUUAUUGCAACAUUUCUGUCAGGGUAGGUAACAUAUUGCUUUGGAAAUUAGCUUGGGUAACUAACUAUCAAUUAAUUUAGAAUAGCUAGCUUGUGUAACUAUCUUGGCUGGCAAGCCUGCUAGCAAGGCUGGUAGACUUUAGAAAAGCUAACAUUUACUAAAUGUACUGAAUACAACUCACAUUCCUUUCAAUCUUUUAUCCAGAUUGUAGCAGAGAUGCAGAAAAGCAAAUGUAGUUUCUUUAAAACGCCCUAGAGUCGAUGUCCGCGCCCCCACGGAAAUCUAAUGAGGUUUUUUUGCAUUGGAUGUGUCUCAAUCCACCACAUCCGCCGGUGUCGCACUUCCGCAUCUGCGGUGAAAGGUGCCGGUGUUUGUCAGACCAUAAGACAUCCCGAAAAUCGGUCUUCUCACAAAAUCGUCUGUAGCGUCUGAACGGUUUGGCCUACAAACUAUUAUGACCCCUCUAUGGAAAGAUGAGACUUGCGUCUUGGGACUCGUCUGAAGAUCGUACAGCCGAUCUGCCAACUUCUGUCUGUAGCGUCCAAACAGUUUGGGCUACACACUAAUAUGAAAGGUGAGACUCUCACGAACAUGUUGGUUGUUUUGCUCUAGGACGCCCACAGGCCUCACAAGACCCGUCUGAAGGGCCCCCGAUACCAGUUAAAAAAACUAUGGAAGUACAAUGCAUUCGGAAUGUAUUCAGACCCCUUGGCUUUUUCCACAUUUUGUUAAGUUACAGCCAUAUUUUAAAAUUGAUUAAAUUGUUUUUUUUCCCUCAUCAAUCUACACACAAUACCCCAUAAAGACAAAGCAAAAACUGGUUUUUAGGUCCCAUGGUUGACAGUGCAUGUCAGAGCAAAAACUAAGCCAUGAGGUCGAAGGAAUUGUCCAUAGAGCUCUGAGACAGGAUUGUGUCGAGGCACAGAUCUGGGGAAAGGUUCCAAAAUAAUUCUGCAGCAUUGAAGGUCCCCAAUAGCACAGUGGCCGCCAUCAUUCUUAAAUGGAAGAAGUUUGGAACCAUCAAGGGAGAAGGGCCUUGGUCAGGGAGGUGACUAAGAACCUGAUGGUCACUCUGACAGAGCUCCAGAGUUCCUCUGUGGAGAUGGGAGAACCUUCCAGAAGGACAACCAUCUCUGCAGCACUCCACCAAUCAGGCCUUUAUGGUAGAGUGGCCAGACGGAAGCCACUCCUCAGUUAAAGGCACAUGACAGCCUGCUUGGAGUUUGCCAAAAGGCACCUAAAGGACUCUCAGACCAUGAGAAACAAGAUUCUCUGGUCUGAUAAAACCAAGACUGAACUCUUUGGCCUGAAUGCCAAGCGUCACGUCUGAAGGAAACCUGGCACCAUCCCUACGGUGAAGCAUGGUGGUGGCAGCAUCAUACUGUGGGGAUGUAUUUCAGUGGCAGGGACUGGGAGAAUAGUCAGGAUCGAGGGAAAGAUGAACGGAGCAAAGUACAGAGAGAUCCUUGAUGAAAACCUGCUCCAGAGUGCUCAGGACCUCAGACUGGGGUGAAGGUUCACCUUCCAACAGGACAACGACCCUAAGCACACAGCCAAGACAAUGCAGGAGUGGCUUUGGGACAAGUCUCUGAAUGUCCUUGAGUGGCCCAGCCAGAGCCUGGACCGGAAAAUAGCUGUGCAGCUAUGCUCCCUAUCCAACCCGACAGAGCUUUAGAGGAUCUGAAGAGAAGAAUGGGAGAAACUCCCCAAAUACAGGUGUGCCAAGCUUGUAGUGUCUUACCCAAGAAGACUCAAGGCUAAAAGGAGCUUCCACAAAGUACUGAGUAAAGGGUCUCAAUACUUAUGUAAAUGUGAUAUUUCAGUGUUUAUUUAAUGUUUUCUUUGCAAACAUUUCGAAAAAUCUGUUUUUGCUUUGUCAUUAUGGGGUAUUAUGUGUGGAUUGGUGAGUAAAACAAUUUAAUUAAUCUUAGAAUAAGGCUGUAACGUAACAAAAUGUGGGAAAAGUCAAGGGGUCUGAAUACUUUCCAAAUGCACUGUAGCUUAGUAGAACCCCCCAUGAUCAUUAUUAUGUGUUGUAAAGCCAAUUAGAGCGUAUUCCUAAUUCAGAUGCAAAAUGUCACAUGAUUGCAAGGAAAACCAUUUUUCUUUGAUGUUUUCUUGGAAACCAAAUCACAUCCAUUGAUGCCAUUGACAAGUGAAUUUGUCAGAAAUGUGCUGAGCAAUUACCUAUAUUGAAACCAGUGGCUAUUUUAGCAUGUACAUCUUGGUGGGGCACACUCCCAUUUUUUUUAGAUGCAUGCCAGCAAAGCAACUACACAACACAACACAAGACUAAACAAUACAUUAAUUGCACUAUAACAGUGGCAAACGGUGCCCACAAACUGUUAGGGCCUACAUAAAGCUGUCCCAACAGCAGAGCUUUCCUUUCAGCACCAUGGAGUGAAUCCUUACCACUGCUACACCUGGCUAUCAGCAGAGCCUUGUCUGGCAGCCUCAUUUACUGACUUAAAAAAACAAAAACAUAGCUGAUAUGUCUGACUUGUUUAAAUACAUGUGGUUACUACUGACUCCUUGUGGAUUUGUGUAAGUUGAUACUCCUUCAACAAUAUCGAACGCCAAAAUGAGUUUUGACUUUUGAACCAUACACAAACAUUAUUACAUUUAUGUUCAGUAAAUUCAUAAUGCUUAUUCUUAUAUCAUUAACACUUAGAUGUAAGCAUAAGCAAAUGCAAGCAAACGAGCCACUUUCAAAAUAGACACCGACAGAAAUUCAGAUAAUGUUGAGGCCUUAACUUUACUCUUCUUUAAAUCACCACACAGAGAGGGAGAGGGGGACUUGGUUAUCCUACCAUUUUAAGUAUGUUAUUAGGCCUGUGGUCUAAAAGGGAAGUAAAAUACAAUCAUGAGGAUCCACUUUUAUGUACAAUAUACCGACGCACAGACAGCGCAUUGUGAAAACAAAACAACCCUCGCAAUAUCAAUUGGAAUUACAUGGGUCUAUUACUGAACUUUUUGUUGAAAACACAUAUUGGGAAGAGACUGUCACUGGCAAACAUGGUUACAGACCUAACAACAUUAUUUAGUAUAUAUUCCUCGUCAAGAAAAGCACAUGUGCUAAUUAUAAUACACAAAGUAAGCAAAACAAUGAAAUCAUUCCAACAUUGCCUAAAAUGAUGAAUACGAUAAUGAGAUAGACCUAUAUAAGCAAUAGGCCUAUAACAAUUGAGAUGUACAAACUAUGGCAUAAAGGAACGAUGAGCGGAUAAGAGGCAAUCCGUAAUUUGGAUUUAAGACAUUAAUGAGUGAGUUAAGAUGGACGUAGUCAAUAUAACUAUUUGUUCAGCACUUUGAAAUGUACAGCGACAGAAUUCAGAACAUGGGCCGUUUUUACAGUAUUCUCCCUGUACACCAAGUCAGAACCGUAGGAUAAAUAAAGGGGGCAUAUUAGCAGACAAAGAAAGCUCCUACAAUAUUCGAUGAUGACAUUUAUCUGAAAUAGGUUAUAGGCUACAUGUGCACCACCAAGUCCGAACAGUAGGCUAAGUUUUGAGGGGGAAAGGGACCAAUUAUUAGGGUGAGGCACAUGGGCUACUAACAGCUUACUACACAACAUACACUUAGUAUUACUUUCUUAGCUAUAGUAUAUAUAUAUCUCCCUGGCAUAUUACAUAAUUUAUGCAGCAGCAUACAAUACAUUUUUUUUACUCAUCGUUGUUGUGCUCACUUGAACAUGAAGGUGGCGCGGCGGUCCUUCUGUAGGCAAAUUUUGUCAUCAAACAUUGUCAUCAAAGUCUGGCGUCCUCUGGAUUUAUGGUGCUUUCAAGACAACUGGGAACUCGGAAAAAAAAACAAGGUUGAAUCAUGAUGUCAGUGAUCUUCAGGUCAGAGCUCUAGAAAGAGGCUUGAGAUCCCGACUUGGAAUUCCGAGUUGGAUGACUGUUCAAAACGUAUUUCCCCAGUCAGAGCUAGUUUUUCAGAGUUCCCAUUUGUCUUGAACUCACUAAAGUCUGAGAUUUCCCAGUUCCGAGUUUCCAGUUGUUGUGAACACGCAGAAGUCAUGCUGGAUUGACAGCAUGGGCAAUGUAUUCAACCUUUUCUGGCUGAUGGUGUUGCGUGUGAAUGUUUAUUAUUUUAAGCUUGGAAAAGAGACCCUUUCAGACAGAUGUUUUAAAUCCUUGGCCACACACCCUCUCCACCAAAUAACAGGCAGGGGAAGCAAAAUAGUGAUUGCUUUGCAAUGCUUGCAGUUAGCCACUUAUUUCUUCCAAACCACUCAUUGUUGAAUUUACAUUUCCAACUCGUUGUGUAAUAUUUAUGUCCAAUGGCCGAUGAGUACCGAUAAGUUUUAUCUAUAAUUUCUCUUAAAAUGAAAAGGAUUGAAAAGGAUUUGCCAGUAGAUUGUCCACGUGAUCAAUGAUGAUGACUGCUUGUCUAGCUUGUUAGCAAAGAUUUUGAAAGUAUGACGUUGACAUGAUCAGUCCAAUCAAAGACACUGUAGGUAUAACGUGUUUGUCAUUUUAUCUGUGGCCAAUGACCUUGAGCCUUCUUAGAUGGGCACUUCUAAUCGUGGUCAAAAGUUUUGAGAAUGACACAAAUACUAAUUUUCACAAAGUCUGCUGCCUCAGUUUUGAUGAUGGCAAUUUGCAUAUACUCCAGAAUGUCAUGAAGAGUGAUCAGAUUAAUUGCAAUUAAUUGCAAAGUCCCUCUUUGCCAUGAAAAUGAACUUAAUCUCAAAAAAACAUUUCCACUGCAUAUCAGCCCUGCCACAAAAGGACCAGCUGACAUCAUGUCAGUGAUUCUCUCAUUAACCCGGGUGAGAGUGUUGACGAGGACAAGGCUGGAGAUCACUCUGUCAUGCUGAUUGAGUUAGAAUAACAGACUGGAAGCUUUAAAAGGAGGGUGGUGCUUGAAAUCAUUGUUCUUCCUCUGUUAACCAUAGUUACCUGCAAGGAAACAUGUGCCGUCAUCAUUGCUUUGCACAAAAGGGCUUCACAGGCAAGGAUAUUGCUGCUAGUAAGAUUGCACCUAAAUCAACCAUUUAUUGGAUCAUCAAGAACUUCAAAGAGAGAGGUUCAAUUGUUGUGAAGAAGGCUUCAGGGCGCCCAAGAAAGUCCAGCAAGCGCCAGGACCGUCUCCUAAAGUUGAUUCAGCUGCGGGAUUGGGGCACCACCAGUGCAGAGCUUGCUCAGGAAUGGCAGCAGGCAGGUGUGAGUGCAUCUGCACGCACAGUGAGGCAAAGACUUUUGGAGGAUAUCCUGGUGUCAAGAAGGGCAGCAAAGAAGCCACUUCUCUCCAGGAAAAACAUCAGGGACAGACUGAUAUUCUGCAAAAGGGACAGGGAUUGGACUGCUGAGGACUGUGGUAAAGUCAUUUUCUCUGAUGAAUCCCCUUUCCGAUUGUUUGGGGCAUCUGGAAAACACCUUGUCCGGAGAAGACAAGGUGAGCGCUACUGUCAGUCCUGUGUCAUGCCAUCCUGAGACCAUUCAUGUGGGGGGUUGCUUCUCAGCCAAAGGAGUGGGCUCACUCACAAUGUUGCCUAAGAACACAGCCAUGAAUAAAGAAUGGUACCAACACAUCCUCCGAGAGCAACUUCUCCCAACCAUCCAAGAACAGUUUGGUGACGACCAAUGCUUUUUCCAGCAUGAUGGAGCACCUUGCCAUAAGGCAAAAGUGAUAACCAAGUGGCUCGGGGAACAAAACAUCGACAUUUUGGGUCAAUGGCCAGGAAACUCCCCAGACCUUAAUCCCAUUGAGAACUUGUGGUCGAUCCUCAAGAGGCGGGUGGACAAACAAAAACCCACAAACUCUGACAUACUUCAAGCAUUGAUUAUGCAAGAAUGGGCUGCCAUCAGUCAGGAUGUGGCCCAGAAGUUAAUUGACAGCAUGCCAGGGCGGAUUGCAGAGGUCUUGAAAAAGAAGGGGCAACACUGCAAAUAUUGACUCUUUGCAUAAACUUAAUGUAAUUGUCAAUAAAAGCCUUUGACACUUAUGGAAUACUUGUAAUUAUACUUCAGUAUACCAUAGUAACAUCUGACAAAAAUAUCUCAUAACACUGAAGCAGCGAACUUUGUGAAGACCAAUACUUGUGUCAUUCUCAAAACUUUUGAUCACGACUGUACAGUGCAUUCGGAAAGUAUUCAGACCGCUUGACUUUUUCCACAUUUUGUUAUGUUACAGCCUUAUACUAAAAUGGAUUAAAUAUUUUUUUCCCCUCAUCAAUCUACACACAAUACCCCAUAAUGACGAAGCAAAAACGGUUUUUUAGCAUUUUUAUCAAAUGUAUAAAAAAUUAAAAACGGAAAUAUCAGAUUUACAUAAGAAUUCAGACCCUUUACUCAGUACUUUGUUGAAGCACCUUUGGCAGCGAUUACAGCCACGAGUCUUCUUGGGUAUGAUGCUACAAGCUUGGCACACCUGUAUUUGGGGAGUUUCUCCCAUUCUUCUCUGCCGAUCCUCUCAAGCUCUAUCAGGUUGGAUGGGGAGUGUCGCUGUACAGCUAUUUUCAGGUCUCUCCAGAGAUGUUAGAUCGGGUACAAGUCUGGGCUCUGGCUGGGCCACUCAAGGACAUUCAGAGAAGACUUGUCCCGAAGCCACUCUUGCAUUGUCUUGGCCCCGUGUAGCUCAGUUGGUAGAGCAUGGUGUUUGCAAUGCCAGGGUUGUGGGUUCGAUUCCCAUGGGGGGCCAGUAUGAAAAUGUAUGCACUCACUAACUGUAAGUUGCUCUGGAUAAGAGUGUCUGCUAAAAUGACUAAAAUGUAAAUGUAAAAUGUGCUUAGGGUCGUUGUCCUGUUGGAAGGUGAACCUUCGCCUCAGUCUGAGGUCCUGAGCGCUCUGGAGCAGGUUUUCAUCAAGGAUCUCUCUAUACUUUGCUCCGUUCAUCUUUGGCUCGAUCCUGACAAGUCUCCCAGUCCCUGCCGCUGAAAAACAUCCCCACAGCAUGAUGCUGCCACCACCACGCUUCACCGUAGGGAUGGUGCCAGGUUUCCUCUAGACGUGGCGCUUGGCAUUCAGGCCAAAGAGUUCAAUCUCAUGGUCUGAGUUUUUUUAGGUGCCUUUUGGCAAAUUUAAAGCGGGCUGUCAUGUGCCUUUUACUGAGGAGUGGCUUCCGUCUGGCUACUCCAUAAAGGCCUGAUUGGUGGAGUGCUGCAGAGAUGGUUGUCCUUCUGGAAGGUUCUCCCAUCUCCACAGAGGCACUCUAGAGCUCUGUCAGAGUGACCAUUGGGUUCUUGGUCACCUCCCCGAUUGCUCAGUUUGGCAAGGCGGCCAGCUCUAGGAAGAGUCUUGGUGGUUCCAAACUUCUUCCAUUUAAGAAUGAUGGAGGCCACUGUGUUCUUGCCGACCUUCAAUGCUGCAAACAUGUUUUGGUACCCUUCCCAGAUCUGUGCCUCGACACAAUCCUGUCUCGGAGCUCUAAGGACAAUUCCUUCGACCUCAUGGCUUGGAUUUUGCUCUGACAUGCACUGUCAACUGUGGGACCUUAUAUAGACAGGUGUGUGCCUUUCGAAAUCAUGUCCAAUCAAUUUAAUUUACCACAGGUGGACUCCAAUCAAGUUGUAGAAACAUCUCAAGGAUGAUCAAUGGAAACAGGAUUCACCUGAGCUCAAUUUCGAGUCUCAUAGCAAAGGCUCUGAAUACUUAUGUAAAUAAAAUAUUGAUGUUUUUAUUUUUAAUACAUUUGCAAACAUUUCUACAAACCUGUUUUUGCUUUGUCAUUAUGGGGUAUUGUGUGUAGGAUGCUGAAUAUUUGUAUUUAUUUAAUCCAUUUGAGAAUAAGGCUGUAACGUAACAAAAUGUGGAAAAACUCAAGGGGUCUGAAUAUUUUCAGAAGGCACUGUAAAUCUAUGGCAGCACCCAAGGGGGCUUGAACUGCCUUGCUCUCCCUGUAGAUUAUGCGAUAACGUAGUGUCCCCAUGAGUGACAGAACACUGAGCCAAUCAUGGCGCAACUAGAGAAGAUUUCCAACGCCUACGCUCUGUAUUUUCCGCUGGCUGCCCUUCCACCACAGAAAGCACUGAGCUAGGCUGAAACGCCUACAUUUUGGAGCUGCCUUACUCAAGAAUGCGGCUUCAUUCACUCAAUACAUUUGUGUUGACAUUGUUUGCAAACUGAUAUGUGACACGAAUGAAUCCCAAAAUAACAUGCAAAACACGUGACAAACCCCCCCCCCCAAUUUUUUUAUUGUUUUAAUAUAUACUUUUUUAGCUAAAGAGGCUCUGCUCCACUUGCCCUGAAGGACGGGUCGCCACUGAUUGAAACAACAUGCUAGUUUCUCAGAACUCUCACUGACAUCUAUUGCAUUCUCCCCUUUUAGAAGAACAACAACACUUUUCUCUCCUAAAGGCAAUUCCUUUCACAGCAGUCUCUUUAGAUGGAGACACAUCUGUCACGAACGAGUGGCGAAAAUCUAAUCUUUCAGACGCUUAUUAAAAACGACAGCACUAGAGGAACAAAGGGAGAAUAUUGAUUGUAUCAACGCUUUCUGUCACAAAGUAGGAAGAGAUACCUGAGUUGUCACAGUGCCCCAUAGACUACCCAGCAGAGAGCAGAGUAAUGACAAACCCAUCUCGCUUCGUCCAUGGGGAUGAGUCAAGGUCCCUCUCUCAACGUCAAAUUGACAUUUGUCUGCAGGAGCUCUCAGACACGUCCAAGGUACAGACACUGGCUGGACUCCCUACAUUUGACGUGAUCGAGGAUUGA